GGAUUUUAACAGCAGUGACGGGAACGUGCUGCCUGUGUGUUGUGGUACAACAUUAGGGUACACAAACGCGUGAUGAACAAUAUAGUUUGGUUUAACCUCAGUGAAUUAACAUAUCUUCUUAUAGACAGAAGCAGCUUGUUUUUGUCGUAGAUCGAUCAUCCAGAGGCGACCAAUGAUAGGAUGGAAAAUUUAGAGCUGAGCCUGUCCUCACUGGGCACCAUAUCCAGACAUGUUGACAAAAGUCACAACCAACUAAGCCAAUAUAUAUCCAAACAGGUAAGAGACUCUGAUUUCUGGUUUAUAUCUACCACACUUGUGUAUUUUUCAUGUUUAAUUUCGACAUUUUGCGUGUAAAUGUGUCAUGUGUGCAGCAACAUUUCUCAGUCAUGUCAAAAUCAGGGCUAAAAUGACACGAAUUUGCAGCAUUCAAGCAAUUACAACAUGAAAAUGGCAAAGAAAUAUUGAUUUAUAUUUCAGUCUCAUGUCAACCGGUAAAUAAGAGUUGUUUUUAGACUGUAGUGUGGCAUUGAUUUUUUGAUUCUGGAUCGGUUUUAUCCGAUCAUUUAUCCGAUUCUGACUUUGUUUAAUAGGGGUAGGAAUCACUGAUGAUAUGAUAUUGUACCAUAUGAUAACAGCAAGUUCUGAUGUGAUACGGCACUAUAGGACACAUUGAAAUUGGUACAUCAUGUCACGAUUUAAUAUGUCAUGAUACAGUAGGAUAUGAUACAACACAAUGUAACAGGAUACGAUGUGUUACUUGGCAAUAUAUGACUUAACAAUAUGACACAACGUGAUAUGAUACAACACAUUACAUUACCAUACAGUAAAUAACUACACAAUCAGGGUCCAGAUUCCAUAACAAUAAUAAUAAUAAUAAUAACUUUAUCUGUAUUGCACUUCAAAAAAAAACACGUUUACAAAGUGCUUUGACAUGUAGUCGUAGAGCACAUGGAAAAAGACAAAAACAAAAAGCUCAGUAAAAAUAUAAGGCCCCUUCAUAAGGAACCCAGACAAUACAAGAACCAUGCAACCUAAAAUGAGACCAUGAGGACCAAAAUAAAAACAUAAAAUAGGUAAGAAAAAGGAAAAUGCAAUUAAAAGGGAGGACGAAAGCAGAAACAGGAUAGUAAAUAUAAAAGGCAAUAUCAACAAUGAUAAUAAAUUAACCCACCAAACGCCACAUGCAGGCCCUUUUUUUUAAUUUAACAGGCCUAUGUGCCACAUACCCUAUAAAUGUCAGUUCUCAAAACAGGCACUUAAUUAAAAAACUGUUAAUUAACAGAAGCUGCCACUUUUUUUUUUUUUUUGUAUUGGAUAUGAAUGCACUUGGCUGGUGGAUCAAAAAGGUUAUUUCACAUCCAGGAGAAGUUUGCAUACACUAUAAUACAAUACAACACAAGACUAUAGGUUUUCUUGGAAUAUAAUGUGAUACAGUACAAUACCAUAUCAGUUAUAUGACGUGAUACAAUAUGACAAGGUAAGGUAUAGCAGAGUAUGUUACGGUCUAUUUAGUUGAAUUAUAAUCACAAUCCUGACAUAGAUGUCAGGAUUAUUAGAAAGGAUUAUUUAAUAAUAAUAAUAAUAAUAACAAUAAUAAUAAUAAUACAUUUUAUUUGUAAAGCGCUUUUAGAGCUUUAGCUUAAUAUUGGUGAUUGUACUUACUAAAUUUAAUGCCAAAUGUCACUCAUAGUGAAGUAUUUUUACAUUGUGUCCAAAAAAAUGAAGGACUUGAGCUCUUUAACUGGCCACAUUUUAUCAAAGGCUGAAGUUUUAAUAAAUCAUUUGUUCUUUUCAAGCAUUUAUAUCAUGUUUAUGAUGCUCUAGUUAUGAUGAAGUAUGUUAUGUUGACUUGUUUAGUAAUAUAUUUGUCUGUUAUUGUAUUGUUUAAUGUGGUAUUUGUGAUAGACAUUAUUGAGGUGGAGGCUAUAAAGAAGCUGUCUGGAUUUUCAGCCUCUUCCUCCUCUGUACACUAUCUGUCUUUUUGUAUUUUUGUAUUUUUUAAGUUAUAUGUGCAAAAUAAUUGAAAACAAAUCUCCUCUCAGAUAUGGAGCCAGCAGGACAGGCAGUGUAUUCUGGAGUGUUUGGCUCAGCUGCUGCUGGAGAAGGACUACACGCUGCUGAUCGCUCGACACCUGCGCCCGCUGGUUCUGGAUCUGCUGGAAAGAAAUGCAGAGAGGGUCAAAGCUGGUGGACAGAUUAACCAUGACCUCCACGAGCGGCUGUGCGUGGCCCUCAGCAAACUCCUUGCCAUCAGUCCCGAUGCACCAGCGUAAGUAGAAUAGUUUCUUUCUUAACUCAAACAGACCCUGAUUUAUUCACAUAUGGUAUCCGUUCACAGGCCUUUAACCUAUUUUUUCUUCUGAUUUAGUUUUGCAGCGAGGUACUUCAAUAACGCCCCACCGGUGUUUCAGAGGCUCUUCUUCACCAGUGAAGAGGCUUCGACCGUUCAGUAUGGACCCCGCAGGAUGAAGCUGCGGGACCUGAUGGGAGCCACGCUUCGUUUCCUCCAGAGUGACUGUGCGAAGUUUAGGAUGCUGUGGGAUUGGAGUCCCUGCGUGUCACAGCUGCUCACCAGCGACAUCAUGGUUCGAGGGUAUAAAGCGAACUGUUUUUCCCAUAUGUUCUAUAUGAUUAAGUUUAGCUGCAGAGACAAAAGUUUUACUGCUCAAGGUUUGUCCACUUUUUUAUUUUUUUUCACAACUUAAUGCCUAACAUUUGAAAUAUUCUGUAUUUUCUCAUUUUACCUCUAACAGGUACACUGCCCAGUGUCUAGCUCUGGUCUCUCACAUGACUGAUAAUCAAAAAACCAUCUUUCUAAGAAAGGUGCUCACAAAUGACGAGAUCCUGCACAUGAAAAUCAAGUAUGUGCUUUAGAUUUUCGCUGUUUUGUUUCUCUUGUGGUGAUAUUACAGAUGUUUUCUGAUUAACACACUACUCUCUGAACUUUUCCGUCAUGGCACAAAAACAACACAUCUCAAGUAUUUUUCAAAAACCACAGGAUUGAACAUUUUCUCUUUAAUUAUUCCUGUUUUGUUGAUGUUCAGAGCUUUGGAGGAAACGCAGCAGCUGGAGACAGAGAAAGCCCUGGUGUUAGCCAAUCAGGGCUCAGUGAUGUGGCGUCAGGAGAAGGCGAAUAAGUUCACACGGGGUCAGGUGGUGUCAGAGGACCUGUCCCAGAACGUUGUAGCUGUCUGUGGAGUAGUCCUACCCAGGAUAGUUCCCAGAACACCAAAACCGAACACUGAACAGGUGAGUGUAUGUGCUUUUGUUUGUCUCAUGAAAUACUCUCUGCUGAUCAUCCUGUCCUGAUGCUGAGCUCUGUUUGUAGGUGAACCCAAAGGAUCUGGUUCUGGUGGACUCUACGUGUCGUAAUCUGAGGAGGCUGGCGCUGGCUGUGGCAUCUCAGAAACCCGUGUUGCUCGAGGGUCCUAUUGGAUGUGGUAAAACUGCUCUGGUAGAGUUCAUGGCUGCUGUGACGGGGCACACAAAGGCUUCAGAGAUCCUCAAAGUCCAACUCGGCGAUCAAACUGACAGCAAGGUAAGUGGCACUCAAACAGAAAUUACCCAUACAUCUUAUGUACUUAACCUCUUUUACAGUUAAUAGAGGUUGCAAAAGACUGACAGUGUUUUGUUCAUGCUGCAGAUGCUGCUGGGAAUGUACCGUUGCACCGAUAUACCGGGGAAGUUUGUGUGGCAGCCGGGGACUUUGACACAAGCUGUGACUACGGGCCAGUGGAUCCUCCUGGAAGACAUCGACCACGCUCCUCUAGAUGUGGUCAGUUUAAACUCAAUUAAAAAAGCCAAACAGACUCUGACCUUCUCUUCCUGUCAGACCCAUUUAUAGGACAUGUACCAUCAGAGCAGGACUGAGUGUUUUUUUUUUUGUUUCAGAUAUCCGUGCUCCUCCCUCUGAUGGAGAAUAAAAAGCUGAUGAUUCCAGGACGAGAAGACUGCAUCGAUGUUGCACCUGGAUUUCAGUUCUUUGCAACAAGAAGGUAAAGCAAAUAACUACAGGCUCUAAAUGUCCUCUAGAUGUGGCUCCAGCUAUGGUAUAUCCAUUGAUGAUGUAUCUCCAAAUGUGCUCAUGAACAGGGAAUUUGUUUUCAUUUCACCCUUGUUCAUAAAGUCAAAAGUUUGUGUGAUUUAAAAAGGUAGCCAACACAGGUUGACUGUAUCAGAUGUUUAGGAUAGAGAACAAAUGUGGUCAUAACUGUUGAAUUGCUUUUAUGAGGAGGUAUAUAAGUUCCUGUGUUUCUGCUCGGUUGUUGCAGGAUGUACUACAGUGGAGGUAGUUGGCAUAAACCACAAAACUCUCACGCAGCACUCCUCGAUAAAUACUGGACCAAACUUCAGAUGGGAAACAUGACCCGAGAGGAGCUGAAGGCGGUGAGUGCCGUUCACAUGCAAAAUCACAUUGUAAUCACAAGAUGGCAUUUUCCAUCUACCCUUUUUCCCCUCAUAAAAACCAUAAAAACAACUAAGCUCUGCACUGAGACCAAUUUAGAAACAGCAAGACAAAAUAACAUAUUUACCUCUUUCUACCAAAUCUGUGCUUGUAGGUGCUCGUCAGCAGGUAUCCUCGUCUGACGAUGGUGUCAGACCGUCUCCUCGAUAUUUACUGUCAGCUGACCGGAGAGAGACACUCUGCCGUAGUCACAAGCAGCCUUCAACACUCUGAGGACACCCAGCAGAACAAGUCUGAGGACAAAAACACACCGCUGGAAGGGAGAGCUCUGUCUCUGAGGUGAGGCCCAGAUCAGCACUUUCACUACUCUCCUCAUUCUUAAAGCAGCAUGUGAGACAGUAAUCAUCCAGUCUCAAUAAUCAUAUUUUUAUGAUCGUGGGGAGCCAUAAUCGUAACUGAAAUAAAAAUCUGAUGAUUCCCCCAGCUCUACUUUGGAUUUAGACAUCUUGAGUCCUAAGAGACGAAAAGAAACAAGCUGUGACUCUUACUUGUAAUCCAGGGCGGAAAGCUCCAAAAUAUAAUCGAUGAAAAAUGAAUCAACUUAUCAAUGCACUGCUACUCUUAUACAUUUAGGUCCCCAUCUAUCUUCAUGUUAGCAGAUUUGGCAGCUCUGAGAUGAAAGUGCACUGUGUUCAGCAGACAUUUGAGAUGCUGACAGCUUCAUAAUCAGAAGCAAAACACGAGCAAACUGCACCCGGCUGCAGAACUUCAUGUUUACAAUCUUGAACAGUUCAGCCUAUGAAUGAGAAGUUUUGUAGUUAAUUGAUGUUUUUACUGGUUAUCUUCCAUGCUGGUCAUAUGAUUUUAUCCCUCUCACACUGUUGAGAUAGAAAGGACAUUUAUAUGAUCUUGGUGUGCACAUUAUAUUCAAUAUGCGUCUGGCUUAUUUGCUUAAUGACCCCAUAACAGCAGCCAAACCUCAAACCUUCAUCCCCUCAGCUUCAUAUCUGUCAUAUUCUUAUAGAUCUAAACUCUCAGCCCGUCUGCAGCGACAGCCUUCAUGAUUUUAAUGAGCUUUCCACUCACUGCUGCUGGGUUCGAUUAGAUAUUGAUCAGACUGUCCUCUGGAUGAAAGGCUAAAAUAACAGAUUGUACUGGCCAUACUGGGACAUUCCCAUCAUAUAGGGAGUUACUAAACACUGUCUCACUCAGAGACAGAACUUUUCUGAACUGAACUUUUUGUACACUUUGUGUGGAUAUGACCGAUCGUGCGAUUGUGAUAUAAAAUCAAUAUGUUAUAGUUUCCAUGCUGCUCUUUGUGGAUCAAUGUCAUUAACUUUAUAGCUCGGCCUGUGAUGCUCAUGUGUAUUGAUCAGGUUCAUUGGAGUUCAUCCUAUAGAAAAGAUACAUUAGCUUUAUGUUCUUGAUCAAGCUUAUUCCUGUUUACUUAAUGUUCCACACAUUGGAUGGGCAUUUAAAGUUUUGGGUUAAAUGUGGGUCAAAUCCAACUUUCUCUGAUAAGAUGGUGAUAUGUCUCUGAAUGAAACAGCUCGUUUUUUUGUUUGUUUGUUUAUUUUUUGCACGGGCAGGACCAAAACCUCAGAGCACUUCUCACCAGGGUUUGCUGUUGCUAGGUUACAGCCAUUGCCCUGCAGCAGUUAUGUCUGUGUUAAAGUGCUCUGUAUGCUUCAUAAUUGAUUUUAUUCUGUGGCAUUUUAUGAAGAAAACUCUAAUUACAGUGAACAUAGAUCAUGUCAUUACGAUUGCAGCGGCUCUAGACUUGAACCAAACCAAAAUCAACACAAUCAAAUGUUUCUCACUGUAACUUUAAAGUCAAUUCAAACCUAUUUUAUUUCCUCUUUCUGUCUUCUUUGUGUUUUUAAAGGGACUUAUUGAAAUGGUGCGAGCGGAUCAGCGUUAACUUUGACAGCACCUCACCAACAACAGCACAACACGUCUUCCAAGAGGUCAGUGGGUUUGAUGUUUGAAAACAGACAAAUAGAUGUGUACCGUUUCCCAUGGUUGUAUGAAAAUAGCAUAUAUUGAUUUAUUUUACUGCUUAGCGAUAUUCAGCUCUCAUGUCUUAGUGUAUUGUGUAUUAAUUUUCAUUCGUGUUUAUUCCCACCAGGCACUCGACUGCUUCACAGCCAUGCUGUCUCGUCCUGAGAGUAGAUUACGAAUGGCAGAAAUCAUUGGAAGCAAACUCAACAUCUCAAAAGAAAAGGUCAGUAACUAGAUUUACAUUUUGUGUUUUUGUAAAGUACCCCUCAACAACACUGAAUGAUUGGAUAAUUAGGAAAACUGAUUUUUGAGAUUUAUAAAAUUCUACACAUGGAACAGGAAUUUGACUGUUUUCAGACUUUGGUUGUAAGUUUGCACAAUUUUGGAUCAUGAUAUUCUUUGCACUUCUUUGCACUUCUAAGAGUUGAGUUUUUGCAGUGUUUGUUGCAGUCACAGACAUCAUCAUUGUAUGAUAUCGAUCUAACCUCCGUCUCCCUCAGGCGCAGCACUUCUGUCAGCGGUACCAGCCUGGCAUCGCGCUGAGUGAGCUGGAGGUCUCGGUGGGCAGAGUGGUCCUGAUUCGAAAGCAGACUGAAGCCGUGCAGCUGAGUGUGUAAGUGGGACAUCCUGCUCGCUCUGACCUCUGCUUAAACCGCAUAUACAUCAUUAGUGCCGUUAUUGCAGUGCCAAUAUAUUUACCUACUGAUAGAAACAAACAGACUUCUGCUGGGAAACCGAAUGAAGGAAAAUUGAUUUUAAACACAUUAUGGUAAACAACAUGAUCUGAUGUCUGUGUUUAGAUUAGAAGGUUGGGAUGAGGUUGCACGCAAACCCCUGACAUUGGUAUGUGAAUUUGUGUGUGUGUGUGUGUGUGAAUUAUGUACAUGGCCAAAAUAAUAACCCCUAAUAUUAAAAAACUGAGCAAAAUUGCUGUAUUUGACCAGGAUUUUCUGUCACGUUUAACCAAGAAAUGAUUGCAAUCCUCCUCAACAUGCACACCCUGAAGUUGACACUGCUUUGUGGUCUGUUUGACUCUAAAUGGGACCAUAGUUAACCAAAUACACACCAUGCUGUGUUGAAAUAGACGUGACAGUAGAGAUUAUGAUCUCAUGCUCAUCAGGAAAAUGUUAACUGAUGGCCCAAGAGAAGAAGGACCAUUGUGUCAUAGACCUCUACACAAUCAAGAGAAGUUUACAAAGAAUGGAUAGUGGCUGAUAGAGCAGCAAGAAGAAGAAAAUGAUGCUGAAGUCUGGGUACUCAGUCUCAAUUCACAGAGUAUUUUGCCCUUAUAACAAAAUGCAAACGUGCCCAAAAAGUUCUGCAUUUUUGUGAAGUUUGCUCUUGUUUUGUGGUUAAUUGUGAGCUGUUAGCAUCCUCACCCUCUUUUGUGCACCCUCAUCCUCCUGCUAUAUGUUAUCAGAAUGGUUAUUAUGGGCCACGUAUUUACCGUGCUGUGAGUUACGCUGCGAUUCACAUCCCUGAUAUAUAAUUUUAUGCUGUCUUUAUUAGAAAUAUCCACACAUUUACUUUUGAUGUGUUAAAUAUUUUCAGCAGGAGAGCUACUAUUUGUCUGAUAUUUUCUGAGAAUACCCUCCAAAUAUUCCCGAAGGUGGUUGUGCAUUAAAACUGCAGUAAACUGCCAACUGGAAAACUCUAUUUCCAAAGGAUAGUCAAAUUGAAAACAAUCAUUAUUUAAUAUGUCCCUGUGAACAGAGAGAAUCAGACGUUUGCUGCCACUCGUCCCUCUGCAGUGCUGCUGGAGCAGCUGGCAGUGUGUGUGGCUAAAGGAGAGCCGGUUCUCCUGGUGGGAGAGACCGGAACCGGAAAAACUUCCACUGUACAACACCUGGCCAGAGUCACAGGUGAGAUCAGGAGCUGACAGCCAGUUUAUUUCCUCAACUCUACUUCAGUUAAACCUAAUGAAUAAAAUGUUUUAUAAGGAGAUGUUUGUGAAUGACUGCACUUCAAUUCAGUGAUUCCUCAUUUGUCAAAAUCCAGGACACCGGUUGCGGGUUGUGAACAUGAAUCAGCAAAGUGACACUGCAGAUCUGCUCGGAGGGUGAGUGAUGAUGAACACGUAUUACCUCACUGGCAUUACAGAGUAUGUUCGAUACUUUCCUCUAGUCUUUAAAAAGUGCUAAUUCUGUAAAAAUACAUUAUCAGAAUUGAACUGUGGGUUGAAAACUUAAACAAGAAUGUCAAACAGUCCAAAGCGUUAGAGAGAGCAGUUGCUGGCAAUUAAAUCGCCAAUUUUCUUAUCACGUUCUUUAAUUCGGAAUAUGUGCAACCAGUGAGGCGGAUGAAAUAUGCAAAACUGCAUCUUCCAUGUUUAAUUCUGCAAAAUAAUCAGCAUCUUACUGCUGGUACAUGUACAAGAAUAUAGCAAGGAACACAAACCACUGCAUCUGCAGUUAAACCCUCAUGUCUCAUUAAUGGUAAGAUACUAUUCUAGGCCCAAAAGUAUAAAAAAGUUCUUGACAAGGAAAUAAGACGACACUUAUCACAUCUUAUUUCCAAUCUUUAUAUGUUAAUCAAACUAUAUAUAUUAUAUAUCUUUAUUUAUUUGCACUGACAUGAAAGAUGAGACAGUCCAACACAAUUGGACAGUAUUUCUUUUACAGUAGUGGGAGAAAAAAAUAGAUUCAAAUAAGUAUCGCAAUUUUUUGUUUUACAAUUUUUAAAUUGAUUUUUUUGUUCAAAAAUCGUUUUUUUUUUUUUUUCAAAUUUAAGAAUAAAUCUUAAAAACUGACAUGUGAUGUGUAUUUUUUGGGGAAAAGUGGUUCCUGGAAUAGUCAGUAGACAGUCAUAAGCAUUUAACUGUUUCACUGGUGUUAAAAAUGCAGACUAAAAAUCGAGAAAAUCAACAAUAUCAUAGAAUCGCAAUUUAAAUCUAAUCGGCAUCCCAAAAAAUUGUAGAAGAAUCAUGAGAAAAGCAUAUCGUUCCAGCCUUUGUGUUACUUUGAGUCAUUUUUGAUUUUGAUUUUUUUUUUUUUUAACUUGGAAUUAUUUUUUCCAAAACCAUUGAUGAAGAGCCCUAAAGUUAACGGGCAACUACAAAUCAUUAAAAGCAAACAAAAUUAAUCCACAUGGAAACAGAGAAGUUCAGAUGAAUAAAAACAGCAAACCAAAUAGAUCGCACAUGACCAGUGAUGCAUUUUUUGAGUACAGCUUUGAUGAAUAAAUGGUUAAGACUCGAGUUUCACAAACGUGAUCAACUGUCUUUAUGCAGGUACAAGCCGGUGGAUCAUAAACAGAUUCUUCUUCCUCUGCGUGAGGCCUUCGAGGACCUGUUCUCCCAAACAUACUCCAGGAAGCAAAACCUGACCUUCCUGGGUCAUGUGCAGACCUGUUUCAGGGGAAAACGCUGGCAGGAUCUGCUCAAACUCAUGGACCACGUCUGCAAGUCUGCCCUGACCACAGAGCUGCAGGAUCAAUCCGAUGGUAGGUCAACAAAUGAGCAGGAAUCAAUGACAGUUUGCUUGCUUGAUGCUUCAGUGCAAUAAAAGUCUUGUGUGUUUUGGUCGUGCAGGUGACCUGCUGCAGGAGAAGUGGGAGGCACUGGCUCUCAGGCUGAGUCAGACCCAGCAGCAGAUCCGAGCCUGUGAGACAGCCAUGGUCUUUGCCUUUGUGGAGGUAGGGACCUUAUAGACCUAAAUGCCACUUGACCUUCAUACUAAGUUUCCUCUUUCAUGCAUGAGCUGAGGGUUUCAGUGGCUCAGUUCUGACCUGUGUGUGUCUCCUCUGUAGGGGACUUUGGCUCAGGCGGUGAAGAAGGGUCAGUGGAUCCUGCUGGAUGAGAUCAACCUGGCAGCAGCUGAGACUCUGGAGUGUUUGAGUGGACUGUUGGAGGGCAGCGCUGGAUCUCUGGUUCUUCUAGACCGAGGAGACACUGGUGAGGAUGGGUUUUAUCCGUACAGUGGGUUUAGAUCAGAUCUGAAUCCAGAACCUGCAAUCAGACUGAUGAUGUGAGAUUUCCAGAGGACCAAACUAAACUUGCCUGAAGCUUUUUCAUUAGUUUAUUAAGUCUUCCUGGAGUUUUAAAGAUAUUUUCUUGUAUUUUUGUGUUUUUUAUUCAUUAUAGAGCCACUGGUACGACACCCAGACUUCCGACUCUUUGCCUGCAUGAACCCAGCAACCGAUGUGGGCAAGAGGAACCUGCCUCUAGGCCUGAGGAACAGGUAAGAAUCCAAAAGUUAAAUUUAAGUCAUUACUUUGUUUCUUCAUUGGGUCACUACCAGAUUUUCUAGCUUGGUGAUGACUCAAAUAAAAAGAUUUCACAAAAUAUAAAAAGUUAGAUGAGUGUGUGUUUGUAUGUGUGUUACAGGUUCACCGAGCUGUAUGUGGAGGAGCUUGAGAAUGAGGGAGACCUGCGGAUUCUGGUCUCAGACUACCUGAAGAGUAUGAAUUCUCCCAGGAACGUCGUCAGCGGCAUCAUAAGGUCAGUUUGAGUAACAUCACUGUAGCUUAAGUCAGUUUGCCUCUGUUUAGUGCAGUUUGUAAGAGCAGGGAUGUUUGUAACAAUACAUGAAUAUCAUGUUUAUUAUGCUAUAGAUUCUUAAGAGUAUAUACAUAAUUAUUCCCUUGCAAAUCAUCCAAAAAGCCUAAUUGUGAUGUGAAAGAUUUUUGUGAAUCAACAUCUUUCCCUCUGCACGACGACUGCUGAUAAAAUCAGUGUGGCGUGCAGCCAAAGCCACUUCAGCUGAAUCGGUCGUGAUGAAGUCUCCUGAAGCUCUGGGGCUUCCUUUUAAUAUGCGCUGAAAAAGCUUUAUACUCUUCAAGCUUCAAAAUUUGCAUCAUAGUUGUGCCUUAACACAUAACCGUCUAGGGAGCCUGUUUGUUUUGACUUAAAACCAUCCACCUACCCUUGUUCAGCUGUGCUGCAUGAAGUCUUGAGUGUGGGUGUGUUGCAAUUAAAUUUUAAAUUAGUUUUUGUAUUUGCAGUUAUAAAACAUAAGCAGUUGAAUGAGCAGCUUGUUUUAUUUCUUUUUUUUAACAAUCACACAAUUUUCAGACGAGAUUAUCUGAACUAUCAAAAAAGUUUUGGAGCUCUUGGACAGUCAGUGCUUUACAUGGUAUUGGUCACGUGGCAUUUCGUCUUUGACACCUUAUUAUGAAGCGUUGUGAUUUACUGAAGCAAUAUAAUUAUGAGAGCUUAGACUGUCUCCCUAUAAGUAACAGGUGAAUUAUAUGUAUAUUAAAGGGGAAAACGUUGUGUUCAUCAGUAUCAAUAACAGUAUCAGCCAAAAUAAGUUUGAAAAGAUCACGAUUUUGGACAUUUGCAAAAAUCAAUCUUCAAACAUCUCACAUAUUAUGGUAUAAAAACCACUCUUUUUUUAAUGAAGCUGAAACAUUUGUGUUUGUGUGCAGUUUUUACCUGGCGGUACGAAAAGAGGCAAACUCACGCCUGGUGGACGGGACUGGCCACAGACCCCACUACAGUCUGCGGACUCUGUGCAGGGCUCUGAAGUACGUGGCAGGGAACCCCUGCAACAGUGUGCAGCGCUCACUCUACGAGGUACAAGACUGGAGGGAAAUGAUUUGCUUAAAGGGUCAUUUCACUCAAACUCAAAUGAAUAGCUGUUUCUUUUAACUUCACCUGCAUGUGUUUUGGAUAAACAAUCUUCAAUUCAUGGCUGCAGGGUUUCUGUCUGAGCUUCCUGACUCAGCUGGACAGAAGCUCCCACCCUCUGGUGCAGAAGCUGGUGUGUCAGCACAUCCUGAUGGGAAACACUAAAUGUCUCAAACAAGUAAGAGUCAACCCCUACCAUCAAUCUUUACACACAAGAACUUAUUUAUGAGUAAAUAUUGUCACCUUUUGUUGUGUGUCCUUCAGCCCAUCCCUGCACCCUCAGACCAGCCUUGUGUGGAGAUAGAGGGAUACUGGGUGUCUCAGGGGGAGAUGGAGCCGGCUCUUGACCCGAGCUACAUCCUCACAGCCUCGGUCAAACUGAACCUCCGCGACCUCGCCAGAGUGGUGUCUGCAGGGUAGGAACACAGCCUGACCCCCUGCCCGGGUUUUCAAAUCAAUGGAUUCAUCGAUUUCUGUCCAGACGAACAUUUUGGCAGAGCUCGAUCUGGCACUUUAGGAAAGUUAUGUCAGAGUGCACCGGGACAAAAGUUUGCCUGGUUGAAACCUCUGCAGGGAGUGACCUUAUGGGCUGGAAUUGAUUCCAUAGACAGAGCAUUAGUGAGGUCUGUCUCUGCCAUUGGCUGAUCAGGCCUGGUUCACUAUCGGGGUUACUGUUCGUCCAAAAGGUGCUGGUAGGGCAGAGGUCUUGACUCUGUGCGGGUCACUGUGGGGUCGUUGUUGAUUUUUAUGGCUAACAGGAUUAUAAACAAAGAAAAUCUGCUCUCCUGUGAGUCCCAUCACUCUCUUCAUGUUUAAUCUUUGCAGGACUCACCCGGUGCUGAUCCAGGGGGAGACGUCUGUGGGGAAGACCAGCCUGAUCCGCUGGCUGGCUGCAGCCACAGGAAACCAGUGUGUGAGGAUCAACAACCACGAGCACACCGACAUCCAGGAGUACAUUGGCUGCUACUCGUCUGACGACAGGGGAAAGCUGAUCUUCAAAGAGGGUACGAGCACCUGCGAUAUCUCCAGUCCCCUUUCAGAGCUCUAGCUCCUCUUCAGGCUAACAUGUCUCCUGUUUGUGUUUCUGUCUCAGGUGUUCUGAUCGACGCCAUGAGGAAAGGCUACUGGAUCAUCCUGGAUGAGCUGAACCUCGCCCCCACCGACGUCCUGGAGGCCUUGAACAGACUGCUGGAUGACAACAGGGAGCUCUUUGUAGCGGAGACGCAAGAAGUCAUCAAGGCUCAUCCCAGAUUCAUGCUGUUCGCUACCCAGAAUCCUCCUGGUCUUUAUGGUGGCAGAAAGGUAAGCCAUUCAUCACAGUCCUAAAAUUCAUAUUUAUUAAUUAGAGAUUAAAUUUGCAUCUGUGAUCCUUGUCUGAAGAUCUGAACACUUCUGUAGAUUCUAGCUCUACACAUGACUAAUAAUGUUUUUAAGUUAACUAGAUCUUCCAGUUUCAAUACCAGAAAAUACACAUUAACUGCAGCCUCCACAUUGAGCCAAGGAGUUAUUAACUUUUUGUAAUAAUACCAUUAUUAUUUUAAUUUUAUCUACAAAUAAAACAGAGUACUAGAGAAAUAAAAAGUGAUUUUAACCCUCUUUUCUCCAGGUCCUCUCUCGGGCUUUCAGGAACCGCUUUGUGGAGCUUCACUUCGACGAGCUGCCGAGUGGAGAGCUGGAGACCAUCCUCCAUCAGAGGUGCAGCCUGCCUCCAUCCUACUGCAGCAAGCUGGUCAAAGUCAUGCAAGACCUGCAGGUACCUGAACACGCCCAUAUCUUAGGAAACAAAUGUUACCCCUGGUGUCUUUAUCCCCUCAUUUCUUUUUUUUAACUUGAUAGAGCUGGAACUGUUUUUGUCUCUGGUUGGUUAGCUCCCAUGUAAGGCUCUUUGGACUACAUGAUAGCUUAAAAAGGCUCUUAAAACAUUGAUUUAUUCAUUCAUUCAAAACUUUAUUUCUUCUUGAAAGGACAUUGAGGUUUCCCCCAUCCACACAAAGAAGAAAAGAUACCAUUAUUGUAGAUACUGAAGAGUAUGGGGCCCUAAAAUUGAUCCCUGUGGCACUCCUUUAUCAAUAAACUGUAAAGUGUGUUCAUGUCCUCCUGCUUUUUUUGUAUUCAAAUAACUAUUUAAGUUGAUUUUAACUGUUUGUUUCUCCCUCCAGUCUUUGCGAAGGGGGUCGUCUGUGUUUGCAGGGAAACACGGCUUCAUCACCCUCAGAGAUCUGUUUCGCUGGGCAGACCGAUACAGACUAGAGCAGCAGACAGAGGAGUCUCAGGACUGGCUGCAGCACUUGGCAGAUGAUGGUAAGACUCCUCAGGGGCUUCUGUUAAACAACCAGCUGACCCAACGUGUCUUAUAAAAACCUGAAGAUAAAGCUUGUUUCCUCUUCAUCAGGGUACAUGCUGCUGGCAGGACGAGUGAGGAAACCCGAGGAAGAGUCCGUCAUCUUGUCCAUCCUGCAGAAACACUUCAAACGGACGGUGAACCCUGAAAACCUGUUCUCUAAGAAACAGGUCAACAGCCAGUUCAGUGAGUCAAACACAACCAGACUUCUCACGCUGAUCCAAGACUGUACCGUCCAGCUCGUCUAAUGAACACAGUGUCAUGGUGUGUGAUUUUUAAAAAAAGGUAUUUGUCCACAGGUCCUUUCAUUGACAGCAUCGCUGGAGUGCCAGUGGAGUUUCGACACGUGGUGUGGACUCACAGCAUGAGGAGGCUCGCUGUUCUGGUGGGACGGGCGUUGAGAUUUGGAGAGUCAGUUCUCCUCGUAGGAGACACCGGGUGAGACACACCUCCACUUCUAGACCUUUACUCUGUCUUAUUUAUAUAUUUAAACCCUUCUUAACAGUCUGACAGCCAGGCUUUCUUUAUGUAAAUGUUUUAACUAGAUUCUUUCACAGAUUUUUUAUUUAUAUUUUUAUAGACCUCAAAGAAGAGUGUCUGGUCUUAGAUUCAGGUAUUUCAUUUUAUCAUGCUGACCUUUUAUUUCUUCACCAGAUGCGGUAAGACGACUAUCUGCCAGCUGUUCGCAGCUUUGGCAGGGCAGAAGUUUUUCUCUGUGAACUGUCACCUCCACAUGGAGACGUCGGACUUCCUAGGAGGCCUGCGACCCGUCAGACACACACAGGUACAGAGGGGGGAAAAAAAACACAGUGAAAAAGAAAAACUUUUAUGUAAUUAUCGUCUAAGUAACUUCAAAAUGUUGUGUCUGUUUUUGUAGACGAGUGGCGAGGACAGCAGGCUGUUUCAGUGGCAUGAUGGUCCUUUGGUUUUGGCCAUGAAGGAGGGAGGAGUGUUCCUCAUGGAUGAGAUCUCUCUGGCAGACGACUCAGUGCUGGAGAGACUGAACAGGUAGAACGAAACACACAUGAAUCCUUUAAGUACAUAAAAACUAUCCCUUUGUUUUUAACAACCAGUUAGCUCAUACUAAUCUAGAUGAAACUUCGGAUUAAUAUCUUUUUAAUUUUAAUCAUUUGAGUCAACAUCUCAAGUUUAGGAUUUCCUCCUUAAGUUGAACAUGAGGUGCUGGCUCAUCUACAGCAGGUAGAAAACAGUAACAGACUAAGGGUGGCCUUUGAGAGCGUGUUGUGUUUGUUUUCAGUGUUUUGGAGACAGAGAAGUCCCUGGUGCUGGCAGAGAAGGGCAGCGGUGACGAUGACGACGUCGAGCUGAUCAGAGCAGCUGAGAGUUUCCGUCUGGUUGCCACCAUGAACCCCGGUGGAGACUUUGGCAAGAAGGAGGUACAUGCAAAAAAGAUUUUCAUUGUGUUGUCUUAAUUGAUGGAAAACAUUCAUGAUUUGUUGGACAUGAUUAAAGUGUUAGCUGCAUGGAAACAGUCUGAUUUUUGUACCCCUCUGCUUUCCCACAGCUCUCUCCUGCCCUCAGGAAUCGUUUCACAGAGAUCUGGUGUCCUCAGAGUAACAGCCGCGGUGAUUUGGUUCAGAUCAUCCAGCAUAACCUGCGCACAGGCCUCUCAUUAGACGGUAGGAUGCAUGAUGGUAUGAGAUGAUUUUACAAAACACAAACAGCUCCUUCACCACUCCCUUUAAAGACACCAAACUCUAUAUUUUUGGGUGCAGAAAACAGGAGUUAUUGGUCAUUCCCACCUUGAUUGGUUAGUUAGGUUUUUAUGAUACCAUCCAUGACAUGAACUUAGUCUUGGUCCUGUUCCUUAAACUAAACAUUUAAAACACCAAAGUCCCACAAUAACAUAAAUAAACCCUAAUUUUAAUGAAUUGAAUUUGUCAUUUGUGUAUCUCUAUACUGUGCGGAUGAACGGCUGCUCUGUUAUGUGUGGUGAGAAAGUGUUGAAGUGUACUUCCCAUUCUCUAACACAACCAGAGAUCACUUAUAAUAUCAGAAAUUAUACUUUACAGAACAUGGCAGCACCUCUGUCCUGUUUGAUUGGUUUUUAUUAGACUGGAGUAGAUUUGAUAAGGAUUCAACACGAUAUUUUGAGACGGUAGCUGUAAAUAACGAGGUUAACUUGUUAUUUUUGUCAAAGAAGGGAUGGCUUUAAAGAGUAGAGUCAUGAAAUGUGUUUUUUGUUGUUGUUGUUGAAAAAAGCAUCUCUAUUAUUAGAAGAACAUCUAACUACAAAUGUCCCUCUCAUUAACGCUUUACCUGCUCUGCCCUGACUGCUGAAAACACAAAGUAACAAAUACUUAAGUGUUAUUGAUAAUGUUUGUUUGGUAUGAAUCUCAGGUGGAGACAUCCCUGAGCUGAUGCUGGACUUCAUCGAGUGGCUGACCCAGCAAGACUUCGGCCGGCGCUGCAUCCUGAGCGUCAGGGACAUCCUGUCCUGGGUGAACUUCAUGAACACGGUGUGCGAGCGAGACGAGGACGGUUUCAUGACCAUGGGAGCUCUGGAGGAGGAGGAGGAAGCAGAGUGGGACCUCAGACUGGACACGGUCACGGCCUUCAUCCAUGCUGCGUGUUUGGUUUACAUAGACGGCAUCGGGUCUGGUGAGCUGAUGGGUUAGAUGUAAUUUGAAGUGAAUUGCUGUCCAGGAAAGUUUUAAAUAAAUAUAACAUGAGACUCCUUUUCUUGCAGGAACCACAGUAUCGUGUGCAGACAGCGCCCUCUUGGCACGUCGGCUGUGUUUGAACUUCCUGCAGCAGCGUCUGAGUAAGAUGACCAAACUGGAUCAGGAGAUGCUGGACGCCCUGAGAGUCUAUGACAGCAGCCUCUCGAGGGAACCGCAGUGGGGGGAAGACUUCUUUGGCAUUGACCCGUUUUACAUUGCAUUAGGUAUCAAAUUACAACCUUUUUAUGAUUGUAGUGCCUUUGAGGAGUGGAAGAGUGACUAAAAACAGUCUCAGUCUUAAAUUAAUCAGCUCUUCGCCGUCUGUUUAUCCUUCCAGGGCCUCAGUCAGAAUCCCGUAACCUGUCAGACUACGCCAUCGCGGCAGGCACCACCGCAGUGAACGCUCAGAGGCUUCUGCGGGCGCUAAAGCUGCAGAGGCCGGUGCUGCUGGAGGGUUCACCUGGUGUGGGGAAAACCAGUCUGGUGGCAGCGUUGGCUAAAGCCUCGGGGAACCAGCUGGUCAGAAUCAACCUGUCAGAGCAGACGGUGAGCACCUCUUUAAACACUCAGAAGCUUCCCGCUGUGAUUCCAGUGAACUCCAAACAGUCCAAAACACUUAAACUAAUACUUCUCAUUUUCAUGACAGGAUGUUACAGAUCUAUUCGGGACAGAUCUCCCUGUGGAAGGAGGGAAAGGAGGAGAGUUUGCUUGGAGAGAUGGACCACUGUUGGCUGCUCUGAAGGCAGGGCACUGGGUUGUCCUGGAUGAGGUAAAGACAACUUCCUGUGAACGGUUUACUUCCUGUUUUCCUAAAUCUUCAUGUAACAAAUAAUAAUCUUAAACUUACCUGUUUCUCCCGCUGACAGCUGAACCUGGCCUCUCAGUCGGUGUUGGAGGGUCUGAACGCCUGUUUUGACCACAGAGCAGAGAUCUACAUCCCUGAACUGGGAAUGAGUUUCCAGGUUCAACAUGAGAAAACAAAGAUCUUCGGCUGUCAGAAUCCUUUCACUCAAGGCGGAGGACGGAAAGGGCUCCCCAAAUCCUUCCUCAACAGAUUCACUCAGGUAAGAAACAAUCUCAAGGAGAAAAACUCAAAUGUUUAGAUGCCGGUAUGAACAAGAUGUGCUCAGAGAUUUUAGGUUUUGAAAGCUCCAUGAAAUGAAAAACAAGAUUUAGAUUUUAGCCGUUCUCGAGCCUGGCAGCCCUGAGACUACACAACCUCUGAAUUGGCCCUCUGAUUAUGCAAUAGGAGUGAUUUGCAAUAGCAUGUAUGCAAAAGCAACUCUCUCCUGCCGUCACUCACUGUCUUUGUUUUGGUGUUUGGUGAUCUGAAUUGUUUUCUUUGUUCAUUAUGUAACAAAAAGUAAAAUUACUCUUUUAGUGUGAUUUAAAACAGUGGUGCAGUGGUGCUAUCCAACUUGUUGAGGCCAUAAUGAUUAUUAUAGCAACUAAGAAACUAAAAAAAAAGGAAUUUUGUAACAACCUGCAAAAUUCACAAGAUUCUGAAAAUAAUCCUCACAUUUCUCUCUUUUUUUUAACCACUAAAAAGAUCAGACAUAAACUGUAGCAUCAGAUAUUUUUCCUCAGCUUCACUCAUCUAUGAUAGAGUUUAGUUGUCCAUAUCCUCUCUGACUCUCUCUCUCUCUUUCAGGUGUUUGUUGACCAGCUCACCAGUAAAGACAUGGAGUUCAUCGGAGACUCCGUUUUUCCCUCCAUCGAUGACGAAAUCGUCGCUAAGAUGGUUCAGUUCAGUAACAGAGUGAGUUCAUCUCCUUUUAUGUCUCUUUGAUUGGCUGAUAGAUUAGAGAGUUAAACCUUCAAUUUCUUCACCAGCUGGUCCAGGAGGUGUGUGUGGAGCGGCGGUGGGGUCAGAGAGGAAGCCCCUGGGAGUUCAACCUGAGGGACAUGUUUCGCUGGUGUCAGCUGAUGCAGGCCGACCAAUCCCCGGGGUUCUUCAACCCAGGUCAGCAUGUGGCCUUAGUGUAUGCUGACAGGAUGAGGACAGAGGCUGACAAGGCUCAGGUACACAUCUAAAAAUUCCUACUAAUCAUUAAUAAGAAAGAAGGGGUUUAUUGAUCUCCAUAGACAUUGUUCCCUUUUUAGAUCUAGUGGGUGGAAAGACUUAAUGAUAAUAAUAAUAAUAAUAAUAAAAAUAAUAAUGAUGAUGAUAAUGCUGAUAAUGAUAAUAAAGUGGAUGAUGAUGAUAAUGAUGAUAAUGAUAAUAAUAAUAUUGAAAAUGAUCAUGAUGAUGAUAAUAAUAAUGAUAAAAAUGAUUAUAAUGAUAAUGAUAAUAAUAAUAAAAAUAAUAACGAUAAUAAUGAUAAUGAUAAUAAUAAUAAAAAUAAUGAGAAUUAUAAUUAUAAUGAUAAUAAUGAAAAUGAUGAUGAUGAUAAUAAUGAUAAUAAUGAUGAUGAUAAUGAUGAUAAUGCUGAUGAUGAUAAUAAUGAUGAUAAUAAUGCUGAUGAUGAUAAUAAAGAUAAUGAUGAUGAUGAUGAUAAUGAUGAUGAUGAUGAUGAUGAUAAUGAUAAUAAUAUUGAAAAUAAUGAUGAUGAUGAUAAUAUUGAAAAUGAUGAUGAUGAUAAUGAUGAUGAUAAAAAUGAUAAUAAUUAUGGUAAUGAUAAAUAAUAAUAAUACAUUUUAUUUGUUUGGGCACCUUUAAAGGCACUCAAGGCCGCCUUACAGUAUAGAUAAAACACAAUACAGAGCAUUACACAAUGUGUUUAAUAAAAAUUUAAAUAAGAUUAAAAGUACAUUAAAACCAAAUACAAUAGAAUACAUUAAAACAUUAUAUAAAAUAAUAAAAUAAAUUAGAAUAAAGGAGGGGAGACAGUAACGAUACAGUAAUAAUACUCGACCUCUUGUCUCCUCAGGUGUUGUCUGUGUUCAGGAAGGUGUUCGGGGAGGACUUUGAGCCUUACAGUGGGUCCAGAGAGUUUCACGUUACUCCACUCAACCUGCAGGUUUGUGGAAAAAAAAAUCUAGUAAUCCUGUUUUUUUUUUCUAAUUUUGCCCUGUAACUGUUUGAGAACUGCAGAGACAAAUUUCAGGAUUUCUUCUCUCCUAUAGGUGGGCUUCUCGGUCCUGCAGCGCAGUGGUGGAGCCCCCGUAGCCCUCGACCCUCCUCUGUCCAUCACACACCAGUCUCUGCGGCCCCUGGAGUCCCUGAUGAAGUGUGUGGAGUUGGGCUGGAUGACCAUACUGGUCGGCCCAACAGCCAGCGGGAAGACCAGCCUGGUUAGGCUGCUGGCUCUGCUGACAGGACACCGGCUCCGUGUGAUGGCCAUGAACAGCGCCAUGGACACUACCGAGCUGCUGGGGGGCUUUGAACAGGUACCAGAAACCCUCACUAGAUUCUUUCACCACCUGAACACUUCAGAUGUCUCACUGCUUAGCAUUUUCAUUGCUCUCAUUCCAGCUGGAUAUCAUGCGGCCAUGGCAGCAGGUGCUGGAGAGCGUGGACUACAUAGUUGCCAUGGUGAUUAGGCGCGGCCUGAUGUCACUAGAUGUUGGCGUUCAGGAUACAGAGUUCCUGCUGCAGACGUGGGGUCUGUUCUGUCGCUGGCUGAAAGAGGAGGGUCUGCAGAGGAGUGGAGGAGCCGUGAACUCUGAGGCUCUGAACAAACUGGAGGUCAUCAUCCUGCUGCUGCAGAAACUCAACACCAAACUCAAAGUCUUCACCGGUGAGAGCCGAUACAGAGUCUGAGUCGUUGUUUAAUGUUUUGAUGUGUUGAGGGUCGAAGAAUAUGUUUCCAAGUCCACCUGUGUCUCUCCUGUAGACAUGUCCAAACUGCAGAUGGACUUCACACUUUUGAAGGAGCGUCUAGCUCAGCUGGAGGACGGCUGGACUAACGGGGGCUUUGAGUGGUUGGACGGGAUGCUGGUUCAGGCUCUGCAGGCUGGUGAUUGGCUGCUCAUGGACAACGUUAACUUCUGCAGGUCUGUAAAAGUUCAGUUUCUUGUGUCUUUUGUUUGCAAAUUAAUAAAUAGAAAAAAAUAUAUAUUGUUUUACUCUCCAGAUGCUCAUACUAUUCUGGGUUUAGAUUAUUUUGUUAAGAACACUUUAUAUUUUUUUAUCAUUUUUUUGUAUUGACUAUCCUGUUUUCUGCUUUCAACCCCCCUUUUUAUUGCAUUUUCUUUUUCUUUGCUAUUUUAGAUUUUUAUGUUGGUCUUCAUGGUCUCAUUUUAUGUUGCAUGGUUCUUGUACUGUCUGGGUUCCUUAUGACAUAUAAAAAUGUCCUUCAACUCCGUUUUAACUGAGCUUUCUGUUUUUAUUUGUCUUUUUCCAUGUGCUUUAUGACUAUUAGUCAAAGCACUUCGUAAACUUCUGUUUUUAAAAGUGCUAAAAAAAAUAAAGUUAUUAUCAUUAUUAUUAUUACUUUUUGAAGUCAGACCAUUCAUCAGAUUAUACUGAUCAUGUGUUGUGUUCUCAGUGCUUCAGUCCUGGAUCGCCUCAAUGCUCUACUGGAGCCUGGAGGAUCUCUGACCAUCAAUGAACGCGGAGUUAUAGACGGAAAGACCCCUAAAAUCACCCCACACCCUAACUUCAGGUAAAAUUUGAUCACCUUCACAGACAGGUCAAGGCAAACAUUCACAGGAAUCAAACCUUUCUCUCCAGCCCAUGGCGCUCAUUGUUUGAGUCGUUAAAGAAGUCAACGCUAAAUUGGCGUGUUUGGUUUUGUGCAGAUUGUUCCUGACCAUGGACCCUGUCCAUGGGGAGCUCUCCAGAGCCAUGAGGAACAGAGGGGUGGAGGUCUAUAUCCCAGGGGAGCAUGAAGGGGUCUGCUGGGACUCACUGGACCUGAAGACGCUGCUUCACACUGCAGGGGUGACAGGGGACUGUGUGUGUGACCUGCUGAUUGAGAUUCAUAAAAGCAUCAAAUCUUCCAUCUGGGGUGAGCAGAGAUAAAAAAUACAGAGUAUUAAUUCACAGUCAUUCAGUCUGCAGAGUUUUUAAACUUUUUUUAAUCUUAUUUUUCAGAUUCUCCUGCUUCAUCAAUGUCCUCCCUCCUCCAUGCUGCCACCCUGCUGUCCUGUCAGCUGCAGAGAGGUGUGGAUCUACCCAGCGCCCUGCAGCAUGCCUGUGGAGAGGCUUACUCUCUCUGUCAACGCACCACUGCCAGCCAAAAGGUAUCAACAAAGGAAUGAAUGCACCCCAGCUGUCUUUGUCAGUGGAACAACCGCAUGUCAGAUUCAAUUAAAUCCAGGACUGGGUGUCAAGAAUUUAAAUGUGUUGCAUAGACUAUCAGCAUUAAAAUCCUUCUGACAUCCUGAGAAUAAUCAUCAAGUUUUCAAUUUUUGAAAAGAAUCUGCAUUUUUAAAGACGUUUGGGUACUUUGUUUUGCAGACAGAUUAAUAUUUUCGCAAACCAUGAUUAUAGUAUUCAUGUCAGGAUCUUAGACCUGUGUGUUGCAAUGAAAUCACAGUAAUUGUUGUUUAAGGCUCAGAGAAGGAGAGGUCCAAAACUGUGCAAUUUAUGUCAGUAAUCAGUAAAUAGUGAAGCUGUCUGUCUCAUUACUACAUCUAUGAAUGAAUGAAUGAAGUUUAUUCAUUUUGAAUAUGUUCAAAAGAUAAAAUUAAGAGAAAAAAAAUACAGAUUGAUAAUAAUAAAGAAAAAAGGAACACACAACAUAUUUAAAGGAGUAGUAGGAAGUAAAACUUAUCAUGUCCCGCCCUUUCUCCAUCAGCUUUUCUGCGAAAGUGCUUCCAUAUUUGUUUUUUCUUCCAGCAAGCCCAGCAGGUGAUCGAGCAGCACCUGUCCAUCCUAGACACAGAGGACUGGGGCAGCGGGCUUCUGUGUGCCGGGGUCUGGCCCGAUGGCUUCCCCUCCGCUCUCCUCUCCACCGAGGACUCCUGCUUCUCUGCCGUCCUGAGAGACGGACAAGUGCUGUCGUUCUGCCUGAACACCCUCAGCCUGCAGGGGAAACGGUAAGAAACAAGACCACAAGACAAACAACUUGUUGUCAAAACACAUACAUGGAAAAACUGGAAGCAGGAAGAAAAGGAAACUGAAAUAGAAGCAGUGAUAUGAAAGUUGAAAUGUGCGAUUUAAUAACUGCACCCACAGGAGUCGGCCGCUGAGUCUGAGUGACCUGCAGAGGGCGCUGCAGAGCAGUGCUGUCCAUGAAGGCCAGGUGUUCUCUGGAGGAGUGGUGGAUCUGGCGGAUGGAGAUGCUCUGAGGUUGAUCCCCACCGCAGUCAGACUCCUUACAGAGAGAGCGUCUCAUGGAGACUGGAUCCUCCGCAGCAGCUGGCUCUCUCACCUGGGGAAGAGCUACAAACACAUACCUGGUCAGUGACUCACCGUGAACAGAGGUUUCAAACUUCAACAGGAGCAUUUGUAAAAGUGUAAAAGCUCAUGAAGGAUGUCUAUCACAAUCACUUAACCUUUCAAAAAUCAAACAGCUUUCUUUGUCCAGAACUUUGGAUCCUAAAUCAGUGUGAUUCUUGACUCCCCCAGAUCCAGCCCUGGUCCAGGUGGAGGCGGGAAACCGAGCUCUGAAAGCGGUGUUUGGUGGUAAACUGGCCGCAAAAGGGAAAUCUCUGGCAGAGCUGCUGCAGCCUCACAGCAUCGGUGAGCAACUCCUAGAUUUUCAUCUUCCUUUGUUUUGACAUGUUGACUUGAACGAGCCGGCCAGAAAUAUAAAAGAAACCUGCAAAUACGAAUCUGUUGAUGUACAGAAGUUUUGAAUUUGUUCAGGAAUAUGCCAGAUGUGCUUUCUCAGCAAAUAAAAUCAGACUAUUUCCACCUCUUUCUUCUGUUUUGAGUAUAAGAGUUUGUUAUGCUUCCAGAUGAGUACAGGAUCCUGGUGGACAUGCGGUGGAACAAACAGUACCUGGAUAUUUUAGCCAGCAAGUGCAACUUUGAGGACGAGGAGAGAUACACUGAGUUCCUGGAGGCCCUGAAUGCAGUUGCAAACAGGUACAGUGAAGAAAAAGACAUUUACCUGGAGAAAUUCAGUGACCAUUCCCACAGAGAUGAGUGCGGUAGAGUGAGUUUUCAUGCGUUUGAUUUUAACAGGAUCAUCCUGACGUUGGACAGAGAGGAACGGUCCGUCAUCUGCAGCUGCGCCAUCAACCUGUCUGCUCAGAACUCCGCCCUGAGGAUCGCCACAGCCUUCAGUAAAGGUCUGCACAGCACACAUUUCAGAUGAUUAAAUCCACUCACUGAGAUGCACAGCGUGACGUGCAGACUGAGGUAGUGUUUCUCAUGUUUUCCUCCACCCUGACAGGUACCGUGGACGUUGGUCACCUGCCCCACCCCGUGCUGAUGCACUUGCGGACUUUCUUUGACCUGUGGGAGUCGUUCAUGCUGCAGGCCGUUCAGGGGGGACAGCCCUACAUCUCAGACCACAUCAUGUUCGAGGUCAGGACUCUUUAUCUUUAUUUUGUCUCGCUGUUUUUAUGCAUCUUCGAUUUUCUCCCCCUGCAUGUCCACUACAGGUGCUUCUCCAUAAAUGCUCAAACUGUCAUUCCUCUUUUUUUUUUCACCUUUUACCCAAACUGCUGGUUCUUCUCAUACUAUUAUUUCUACUUCUGCUACUAAAACUGCCAAAUGCUUCUUUUAUUUCUGCAACUUUUACACCAUUACAGCUGCUGUCAUCUAUUGCAAUGCUAAUGCCAACACUACACGUCCUUUUGCUGCUAAACCUGCCAGGACUCAUUCUGCAAAUGUUACUUUUAAUUCUGCAACUGGUGGUGAUGGUGGUGCAUCUUACAUGUUGCUGAAGCUUUUUGAUAUUAUUAUCUUAAUAUAUGCAGGUCCUACUGCUAAUUUAAACAGGGUUCCUAUGUAAGUAAUAAAAAGUAUGGAAAUAAAUUUGAUCAAUUUCCAGGUCUUUAAAGUAUGGAAAAUGAAAACUAAAGUAUGGAAAAAUAUUUAUGCUUCCAGACCUAUUACCACAGUUCUGAAAUACUGCUUUCUAAAAUAGAAAUGUAGGUAUUUUCAAAAAUAACUCUAAAAAGUAGAGUAUGGAAAUUCCAACUGUGUAGGAACCCUGUUUAAAGCUGUAGCUGCAACCACAACAGCUACUGUUACUGCAGUUAGUCGUAGUAAACCUGCAACUUUCACUACACAGUUUCAGUUUGUUUUUAUGCUGAGGGUGUUUUAGGGUCAAUAAGUGUCCGUCAAGAUCAAACUUCACUUCCUCACUCCGGUCUUUCUCUCUCUGUCUGUAUGUUCAGAUCCUGCAGCUGCUGCAGUGGUUCGAUCGCUUCUGGGAUAUCUGCAGCACGCUGCCCGCUGACUCUCAGGGAAUCUCUGUGCUGUCUCUACACUGGCAGUGGGUGCAGAAACACCUGAUCCUCCGUCUGCCUCAGCUGCUGCUCGGAGACAACGACGCCUCCAUUCAGUAAAUAUUUCUCCAAGCUGCAAUAUGUCAGAACAAUGUCAUAUUUUAGAGUCUAACAUUAAUAUAUUUACACUUUCUAAUACGUGUGACUGCAGGGGUCUCCAGGAGCUGCAGGUGGUCUCAGCAGCCAUCCAGACAGUUCUGUCCACCCCGGUGUCUUUGGCCACAGCUCUGAAAGGGAUCCAGAAAACACUCGGGAAAACUCUGCCGUUCAAGGUCUGAAGACACCAUCACAUUAGGAGUUCUUCAAUCUCUCAGCCAAACAAAAAAAAAUAGUGAAAUGUUCUCUAAGUUAAAUCUGAGAUUUUGUUUAUUGUCUUCCUCAGUUCCAGUCGGUGGCUGAGUGUGCGUCUCGACUCAGGCUCCUCAGUAAAGCUCUGGAUGUAAGUGAUCUGAGGCUGGACGGCUCCUCAGCUCCUCUGUGGCAGGAGCUGGUCCGACUUCAGGGAGCGGGUCUCGGACUGGACAUCAAAGAGAGUCUGCUGGAGGCCUGGGGCCUCGUCCUGCAGGCAAACAACCAGCUGGAUCCACAGACCUCAGGUGAGGCCGGAUCAUAUGAAGACUUUCUUUUACUUUUAAAAGACUUUGGUGAAUUAUUCGGCAUUUAAAGAAUCUUAAAAUAGAUUUUGAAAUAUCUGUGUCAUUAAUCCAGGUUUACACUUUUUAGGAGAAAUGUAAAUGCAUCCACCAACUAGCUUUUGUCUUCCCCUCAGGAGUGUUGGAGAGGUUGGUGUCCAGCGUGGAGCAGCAGCAGCGUCAGAUGACCUCCAGAGGAUUCCUUGAGGCCUGCUCGCUCUCCGCGGGGGAGGAGCCUGGAGACAGAGUCCACUUGGACCGCGGGGAGCUGCAGCAGCUCAGCCGCAGGGCUCAGCUCUGGCCCCUCAUGGAGCAGCUGGCCGUCCUCAACCAGCUGAGACUCAGCACAGACCUGCUGCACCUCGCUCUGUCUCCCGGGUAAAACUCACUUAUCCUGAAAGAAAAUUCUGACAGGUUGGAAACGAUUUUUUAAAUACCUCUAUUUUUAUUCUCAGGGACCCAGAGGCUGAGGAGAGUCUACGCCGCGAACUGUCCAGACAUCUGCGUUACUGCCUCCAGUCCACACCGAUGAACGUCAGCCAGCUGCAGCCGCUCUGGUUCCUGCUCAGCAGUGACAGGGUCAGAGCUCAAACACUGUCAGAAAUAUGUUUUUCAUAUUGAUGAGGUUAGAUGUCAGGAGUCUCUGGAGGAGGCCAGUUUAGCAGCAGGACUCUUCAACUACAGAGCCAUGCAGUUGUAAUAUGUGCAGAAUUUGGUUUGUUAUUUUCUUGCUGAAAUAUGAAAAAUAGACUUUGAAAAAUAAAAGUUUUUGUUAUGACUGUUUUUGUUUUUCUCCAGCCGGCUGAGGAGCUGCAGUUCGUUUGGUGUGAGCUUCUCUCAGAGGCUCUGUCUGCGCAGUGGACCAGCAGUGCAACCUCGGACCCCGACCUGUGGCUGAAGUGGGACCCACUGAGACCUGAGACUUCCUCAGCACCUAAGCUGCAUCACGGAGCAGACAGCAAAGUACAAACCUGCACUUCCUUGUUUUUUUUCCUAAUGUGUUUCUUUGUCUGAGUGAUUUUGCUUUAACACAAGUCUGUGUUACAUUUAGGGACCAGCUUUACUCAGUAAAGCUGUGUGGUCACAUUGCAUGCUGGGAGUUCUCAGCAGCUGUGAGACUGGAGGUCAUUGGGAGCCAUCAGGAGCGGCCCUCCUCUCUCUUUCACAUGUGACCCUGGGAGAGUGGAAGGAGCGGAUCCAGCAGCUGCAGGAUGUUUCUGCCGUGCUGUGGGACAACAUGGCGGUCCAAGCUCUGGCUGACUUCAGGUAGAUUAAACAUCAAACAUAUUCCUCUCAAACAUUUUUCUUUUUUGGGUUUACUUAUCACCCACACUCGUCCUCAGGGGCACAGACUUCAAGCUCCAGGGCGCCGUUCUGCGUCGGCAGUUGCAGAGCAUGGCAGACCUGCUGCCCCCCAGCCUCCAGGAGGGCUACAUGGAGAGCUGUGAGAGCCUGGUGGAGGAUUCAGACCCUCUGAUAGCCGCUCAGGAGAUCCAGACCGUCUUCAGAGACUUCCUCCCUCCUAACCUCCUCCCUGUGGGAUUGGUGGAGGCUUGCAUCACCUGCCUGCAGCAGUACGUCCAGAGCAAAGUGCAGGGCUCGAACCCGCCAGUCCGCUCUGGAGUGUUCUGGGUCAACAUGGGCCUGCUGCAGAUUAAAGUCUGGACACCUCAGACUAUCUUUGACCCGGCUGUGAAGAGGGCCUACAAACUCAACUACGCCCAGCAGGAGGUCAGCAGACGACUUUCUCAAAAAUAUAAAAUCUUUGAAAGCGAACUUGUUCCUGACAAUUUUACAGUAAGAAUCAUGACAGAGAGAGACAAUUUUUGAAGAGGGGAAUUCAGCAAUUCUGUUUUUUCCAAAUAUUUUACAUCUAAAGGUCAUUUAAAAUCCCACAUGAAGGUCAAACACACCAGAAUUUCCUCUUCUUUUUAAAAUGCUGCAGGAAACACUUACUGGUAGAGUAAUCAGAAAUGAUAUUAUUUGGCAAAUCUAGUAUUUAAAUUCUAGAUUGUGUCGCUUCUUGCAAUAAAGUAAAGGUAGCCUUCAAGGACAAGAAGGUCAUACUCAUGCAUAACUAGUAUGAUCCUCUAUUUGCUGAGUUUUUAUGCUCACAUUUUUCUUUACUUUACUUUUCACAUAUUUAGAAAUAUGCAAAACUUCUAAUCCAGAUAAACUUUAGGAUAACUUGACUUCACCUGUCAACUGUGCAUGUUCGUCUGCAGCUGGCUCUCCUGCAGGAGGAGUGGAGAGGACGCAGCCUGUCGUCUCAACUGACAACCGGAGCGGAGCUGGAGGAGAGCAGCACCACAGACGGCUUCCAGCAUCCCAGAAUCAGGUCAGAAACAGCUGCAGGCUCUCAUUUUUGAACAAUUAUAUUACUCUAAGACUGAGAAAGUUUGAAAUUGGCUGAAGAUAGAUGAAAAGAAAGGAAAUUAAUUAAAUAUAUCGUCUUGUUUGGGUUUUGUCGUUGUUGUAGGUAUCUGUGGAUCCGCAUGCAGCAGGUCAAGGAGCAGAUCGCUGAGCUCUCCAGAAAGCAGGCCUGUCGUCCUCAUGAGCCUCAGUACGGUCGUCUCUUCCAGGAGCUGCAGCACUACCUCUGCAGCAUCGGACAGGCGUCUACAGUAGAGGACCUCCUGUCCCACCUUCUCAAAGCCUCCACCUCCUCCUCCAAGUCCAGGUCUGCAGUGCAGGCUCUGCUGAAGGAGGAGGCUGUGUGGCAGAGCUCCCAGCAGCGCUUCUGUCAGAGGCUGCUGGAGGAUUACCCACUGUACCCUGAUGUGGUCGGACCUGUUAGGACCGGGAUAUUCCUGCUCAGACAUGGUAUGAGGCUCGUUGCCGCACAGGUGGCUGCCUCCCUCUCGCCCGUACCCGGUCUGCCGAAACUGGUGUCCUGCCUGCUGGCCUUCCCCUCCCUGUCCUCCAGUCUGCCCUCCUACCUGUCCCGUGCGGACUUCCUCUGUUCCAGGUCCUGUAUGGACAUCCUGCGCUGCCUGGCGAAGCUUCUGCCCCAGCAGCAGGACCCUGAUCAUGUGGUCCCUCAGUCCUCCACGCUGCUCCUGAACGCUCUGCUGUACGUGGAGUGUCACACUCAGUCCACGGGAGAGUUCAGCCCAGAGACACGCAGUCUUUUCAGACACAUCUGUCAGGUCAGAGCUGCAGGUUAUACCUGGAUCUAUGAUUUUGAUGCAUGAAUAAGUAGAGUCUUGAAAAGCUUCGCAAGUGACAGGCUCAGAUUGGGAGGACCAUCCUCUUUAACCAAAACCACUUUCUCAUGUUAGAUACACAGAAAGCAGUAAAAGCCUGACGUUGAUUAAAGCAAGAACUUCAUGGUGAAAAUUGUGGCCAUAAAAGUCAGUUUUGCACCUGCUAGAUUAAAAAAAAAAAUCUACUUAUGUACUUAAAAAAAACUUCACUUGAAAGUAGGGUGACCAUACGUCCCCUUUUACUAGGACAUGUCCUCUUUUUAGGGGGCUGUCCGGACUGUCCAGGGAGAGUUUAUGAAAUCCUUCAAAUGUCCGGGGUUUUGUAUGGAAGUUUUGAGUUUGUGUAGUGUGGACUAACUGAGUUAAAAGUGCAUAAAAAACACUCAACCUGACCCGGAAAACCCUCAAAAUUUUGUGUGCGACUCCACCCGCAUAGUAGUGUCCUCUUCUUGGGGAUUCAGAAUACGGUCACCGUACUUGUAAGUCAUGUAGACCCCUAAAAUAAUAAAAACAGGGUUCCUAUGCAAGUAUGGAAGUAGUUUGAUCAAUCUCCAGGUCUUAAAAAGUAUGGUAAAUGAGAAAUUAAGUAUGGAAAAAUAUCUAUGUUUCCAGAUUAUUACCACAGUUCAAAAGUAUUGUUUAUAAAAUAUAGAAAAGUAGGUUUUUCCAAAAAUAAUUCUAAAAAGUAGGGUAUGGAAAUUCCAACUGUGUAGGAACCCUGUAAAAAGGUCAUGUUAAAAAAUGUCAGAAUUCCCCUUUAAAAUUUGACUAAUCCUAAAAAGCAUCACUUUUUCUUUAAUGUCAAACUGAAAUUCUACCAUGAUGUACCUCAGGCUCUGGUGAAUGAGUGGGACGAGCAGGAGAGACGGAGGAGAGAGAGAGAGCAGCAAGAGGCGAGUCUGUACCGCAGCCGCAGCAGACUUCAUGGUUCAGGACUGACUGAGGACGAGCAGGAGGAGAAAGACUUCAGACAGCUGUUCCCUCAAUUCAACAAGGUAAUCACGUCUCAUGUGUCUGUUUUAAUGUUGAAAGUCUUUAUAAUAUUUAAGUGAAGCUUUUCUAUUUAAUAAACUAAGAGUUAAAGGGAUAGUUCAGUUUUUAGUUCAGUGGGAUUGUGUGAUAACCUACAGGGGAUCUCAGUAGUAAACGGGAUGAUAUGUUCCUGUGUCAGUAUUUUGUUCCAUCCCUAAUACUCUUCUCUUCUUCAUCAGGACUUUGCAGACAUCACGGCCCAGCCCAGUCUAGAGGCUCCUGCAGGUCCUGAGCCUCAGGAGGAGGAGGAGAAGAUGGAGGAGUCCAGUGAGAGCUGCUUCCUGUCUGCAACCGGCAUGAACACACUGGUCCAGGUCCACCAGCGUCUCUGUGUGGGACACGCUCGAUCACUUUGGUACCAGAGCACAAAGCCGGCCAAUCGCAGCAAAGAACACAUCACAGCCUUGGUGUCCUCCUAUCAGAUCGCUUCUCCUCUGAUGUCUCGCUUCUACCAUCUGAUUGGUUGGUGUCGUAGCUUGUUUUAAGGACUUUUUCAGUCUUUUCGGUAUAAAACGAUUUUAAAAUCCUCGUUCUAAAUCCUACUGUGUGUUUCCUCCUCAGACUCUGACCUCGAUCAGCAGCUGACAGGCAGUGAGCUGCUGCUGUCCUCCCUCCUCCAGAACACGGUGCAGGGCUCAGGGACUUCUGAUGGUCUCUCCGUCACCUCUGAGGGUCCAUAUGAUUUUUACCAGCAGCCUAACAUGACUGAGGCCCGUUUGUGUCUUCCCGUCCUGGAGCAGCUGAGUGCAGCUGUGAGGCAAAGACUGGACGAGUGGCCCGAGCACCCGGCUCUCGUACAGGUCAGUCACCUUCAGAUACAAAUACACUUCAUGUCAGGGACCUGCUGACCUGAAGGGAUUCUGAUCUGCUCAACCAUCCGCACACUAUUACCUGACUGCUACCUAAUGCCAUAAACAAGCUCACACAACACCCUGUCUUUGUUGUUUUCCAGCUGACCGUGGUUAUGGAGAGGAUCAUGUCUUUCAGUCUGGCCAGUCCCUUAGCAAAGUUCCUCAACGGUCUGGAGAUCCUGCUCAGCAAAGCACAGGUGAGCCCUGUGCCAUCAGAGGGGCAUUUUUAAUACUUUGAAGUGAGUUUGUUUAACAGAUAUAAUCCUUGUUUUCUGCUGUUACCCUCAGGACUGGGAGAACAACGCCAGCCGCUCCGUCUCUCUGCGGAAGGAACUGGAACUACUCACCCAACUCAUCAUCCAGUGGCGAAAACUGGAGCUCAAGUAAGACACAAAACCAGCCAGUUUCUGAAAAGGUGUGUUUCAUAGCUGGAACUUUAUCAAGGGACCAGGAACCUUUGGAGACACUUAGACUGGCUGAACACUUGAUGACUUUUAGAUCUUAGCUGAUUUUAAAAUUCUGGGACACUACACACAGAAGGACAGUUCUGACCAAAUUUUCAACAUUAAAAUCCUCUGAACACACACUCUGGACGAUUUCACAAGACCCGUAGACUGCCCAGUUAAUGUGUCCAGUAACUGAGUUAUUCAUAGAAAACGUCUAUCCAGUUUCUUUAACCAGAGUUUAAGACCAUGAGCAGGGUUUUUUUUUCUGUUAGAGUAUAUGUGUCCUCUCUCCUUGUAGCUGCUGGUCCAGCAGUCUAGACAACGCCAUGAAGCGCCACACUGAGAAAUCAACCAAACACUGGUUCUCCAUCUACCAGCUGGUGGAAAGGUACCUGGAGGAGCAGAGGACAGACUGUGACACAGGUGCGUUAAAAGAGAAAAAGUAACAGCACUCAGGACUUUUUUUUAAUUAGACUUUUUAAAGUUCAAAGCAGAGAAAAGCAAAAAUCGAAUAUAUUUAAAAUCAAAUACAACUAACUGACAGAGCUGAGACUCUUUGUCUUCUUGUUUCUAACCCCUCCAGGUGAGGAGGUGGAGCGUCUCUCCCUGUCCUCAGUGUCCUCCACCCUGCAGGCCUUCAUGGAGGGCUCUACCCUCGGAGAGUUUCACACCCGACUUGCAAUGCUGCUCAGCUUCCACUGCCAUCUUCUGCUGGUCCCCAACCAGCCCGGACAAGGUCAGAAAAACAUGACGACACAGAGAACAAAAGAUACAACCCAAAAACAAGCAGGGGUUAAUUUGAGCACAUGCUGAGCAAAUCUUAGCAAGGAGGGCAUACCUGAGCACAUGCAGGGUAAAUCUAAUCACAAAACGUCAUUAGCUAAUAAAAUUUGAGCAUAACCUAACCUGAAAUCAACAAGUGAUACCUGAAAUGCUCCUGAAUUAAAGUAGGUGUAAUUACAAACUGGGAAAGGUGCUUUAGAGAGUGAACACACCAUAAAAAAAAGACUAUCACAAUAAAGUGUUUUUAUGGCGUAAAAGCAAUGCCGUACCCAAGUCAUAAUUGUGUGUUUUAACAUGACAUGAAGGUGAUGACAUGUGAAAGGGUCAAAUUGAUCACCAAGAUUGACUCAUCCUCCCACUGACUAAUUCAUUGACCCCAACUCAAUGUCAGAGACCCUCAUGCUCUGAUUGUAGUUGUGCCAAACCAAAAGUGUUGAAUCACAGAUUUUUGUUUUCAUUAGGAGUUCAGAUACAGCUGGUGAGCGGUUAUUACUAUAUGUGUAAAUGCAGCAGAUUUUAAUGCAGUGCCUUCAGGACUGGUUGUGGUCAUAUUGACCAAAUAAUUGAUCGUCUGUUCAGACAGGGUCAGCCCCGUGCUGCUCUGUCUGAGUCCAGGUCAGGCAUCAAACCAUCUCAGACAUCACUGAUUGAAUUCCAAUGAACUCAAUAGUGUGACGGAAACAACCAUCUCAUGACUGAAGCUCCAAACACGUUUGACCCCGUGAACUCUAGUCAGUGGUUAAAUCCAGGCUCUGCGGCAUGUAGUUAAUAGACUAUCAAUGAUGUGGUGACAUGCAAACCGUUUCCUUGUUUUCACAGAGUCUUUGUCGAGUCUUCUGUGGAAUCUGCACAAAUACUACAGUCAGUUUUCUGAGUGCAUCCAGACCAGAAUCACUCAGCUCAGACAGCCCAUCGAGAAGGAGCUCAAGGUUUGAAUCAGUGCUGUUUUUUUUGUAACUGUAAAAAAAGACACUCUGGACCUUUGUUCUAUAUUUAUGAUCAAAUGAUUAAGUUAAAGUAGAUACAAAACACAGCAAAAAACGGAUCAAAUCUGACCUUGACUUAGUUUAUGUUAGAAAUUAGGAAAUGGCCAAACAUUAAGACUAUUAAGAUUAUUAUAUUUUCUUUAAUUUGGGUUAUCUAUGAAAGCUUACAUGCAAAUCAGAUAGAGUGUAAAUUUGCAUUUAAUUGCAUGUUAACAUUGCUCUACAGCAGCCAGACUGAAGAGGCUGCCUGCAGUGUCUGCAGACAUAAUCUGUUUAUUUUAUAAUCAGUUUCAUGAACCCAAGUGUCCAACAGCGCAUAUUAUUUCAAAGUGUAAUAAAACAACUGACAGAUAAAUUGGUCUACCUGUAGUUCAUUUAGCACUUAAAUAGGACACAAUUUAUUUUUAUUUUAUUUUUAUUUAUAAUUUUUUCACUUUUAUACAAAUAUAUCAAAAGUUACAUGAAUAGAAGUGUCAAUUAGAAGUGACGAUUAGUUGCGUGUAACACACUGACAAAAGGACAUGAAUAGCAAACAUAAUGAAUAUAUUAAAUUAAAUAACAAUAAUAAAUAAUUUAAUAAAUAGAAUUAAAAAAAAUAAUUAAUAAUAAAAGAUUAUAAAUUUCAGCGUAUUAAAUAAGUAGAAAUUGGGUCAGGCUGAAUGUUUGCAGGUUGUCUUUAACAAAAAGAAAUAAAACAUUUGCAGAACUUAUAGUGAAUUCUGCUUUGUUUGAAUACAGCUCACUUUGUUUCAUGUACUUCAUGAAUGUCCACUAAGAUUUGAAAUAUAUCCUCAGGACUUUGUGAAGAUCUCCAAGUGGAAUGACAUCAGCUUCUGGUCCAUCAAACAGUCAGUUGAGAAAACUCAUCGGUAAGAUUAGUUUGUUUUUGGUUUAUUACAUGUUUUUGUGUACAGGACUCCACAGUGGACCCCAGCCCUCCAACCAACAAUAUUUUUACUACUAUCUCCUCUCAGGACUCUCUUCAAGUUUGUGAAGAAGUUCAGGGACGCUCUGAACGGUCCCUGUGUCCCCGCUCUGGUGGAGCAGGGAAGUGACUCCAGCCUGGACAGCGUGGAUACAAACCCAGAGGAGACUCCCAUCCACCGGGUUCACCAGGCCCUGAAGAGCAAUCCACCUGGGAAGGGCAAAGAUAUGGAGGUACGAGUCUGAACAUCAUCUUUAUCGUAUCUUUAUUUAUUGUCUCCUGUGAAUAACCUCAACUAAACCAUGUUUUUCAGCUCGAUGAAUUGGCAGAAGAAGAAGUUGAGGCUUCCUCUCUGCAGGCUCGUCUUCCUGUUCUGUCAAGGAAGAUGAAGAAAAUGUGCGUCCAGCUGCUGAAGAAAAACCCAGUGCCUGAGCUGGCUGAAGACCUGGACUGCUUCACUGGUUAGAAACUCACACAGUGCAAAAAUGAAGGAUUAAAAGAGGACAGACGGGACAGUUGGUGAGCUGUCAAAGUACAAAACCACAUUUGGUUUGAUUGGACGUCCUCUAGUGCCCCCUGCAGGAUCAUUUAAAUUCAGUCACUACUUCUAAACUCAGUCACCAAUACAAUCUACAGCCUGAGAUACAGUAUAAUUCACACCUAGAUUUAAGGAUUAAGGGUUUGAUUAUGAUUUAAAAUUACAGUUUUGUGAUGGAGCGGCUCUUAGAGAACGAAAAUAAUGAGUGGUCCUGAUUUAGAAAAUUUAAAAAAGGGUCUUAUCUUCACACAAAGUUCUGUCUCUAUAGGUUUUCUCUUGUUUUGCAACAGAGUUUCAACAUUACACAACAGUAUUACUCCAGUGUUUAAUUUUGGUCUUUGAAUGUGUUCAGGUGAGGUGAUCAGUAACCUGCGAGACCUGCAGGGUCUCACCAUCGACAUGACGGCGGAGAAAGAGAAGCAGAAAGCGGAGGUGAAACACAUCCUGCAGCAGAAACAGAGAGCGCUGGCAGACCUCUUCAAGAUGCUCACAGAAAUAGGUCAGAGCUCCUCUCUGGUUUUCAGAUAUUACAAGGAUUUUCAGAUCUUGCAGAUUCAAAAAAGUAAUAAUAAACUUUUUUUUUUAGGUCUGUCAUACCGUAAAGGUCUGACAUGGAACAGGACAGCUGACCCAGAGAUGACUUUGUGUCUGCAGCCUCUGGAGAUGAGCACCGCUCUGUCUGCUGUCAAGAACCAGGAGGCGUCUGAGAACACGUAAAUACAACCCGAGACUGUCCUUAACUUCUUCCUAUUGAUUUUAUUUUUAACAUCUGACCAGAAAAUGACACUGAAGAGCCUGGCUGAUGAAAACACCCCGGACAUGGGGUCAGUCGUGGUCAGGGGUGCUGAGAGAAGUCAACCUCUGCUGUGCAAAUUGAGUCAUUGUUUUAGCCUGAUUGAACUAACUACUCUACAUUAUUCAGAGGUGCAGGGCACAAGAAGUUGGAUUUAGUUGCUUGCUAAUACAUAAGUGGGUUUUGGUGAAACUUAAAUCACCCUUACCAGAGUGUGACUUUCUGUCCUCUUUAACAGUCAAGUGAACCUUUUUACACAGCAGAUUUCAGCUGUCUUACUCUGAACAGCUGAAUGCGGGAAACAAUAAUCUUUUAUCUACAGCAGAGGAUCAUAAGCAAACUUAGCCCUCUUACUUUCACCUAGUCUUCAGAGGUGUGGGUUUUUAUAAGGGUUUAAUUCAGAUGUGGACAGUAGUAGAAUAGGGUCUAUCUCUGACAGCUGUCGUCUCUGUGUUCCUGUUGUUGCAGGUUGUUCACAGAGCUGCUGACAGCGUGGGAUGGAUGUCAGAAGUACUUUUACCGUUCAUGGGCCAGGAGGACAGUCCUGCAGACGUCUCUGCAGCACGCCGCUAAGGUGAGACUCACAUGCACUGCUUAAUCAACCAUCUGCUGGUCCACAGUUAAUGACAGAGGAUGAGAAUAUCCAGUAUAGCCCUGCCUGCAGUCUAAAGUGUGUGUGUGUGUGUCUGUUUUUGUGUCCAGGAGCUGGGUUUGGGGAAUAUUGAGCGCUGCAGGGGUUUCUCUGCUCAUCUUUUCAAGCUGCUGCUCAGACAGAGACGGAGGCUAUCCAGACUCACGGAGCAGUGGGUCCAUCUCAGGUCAGUCUGUUUACACCACAACAAAAGACUGCAUAGAGCCCAGGAACACAAGUGUUAGUCACACACUUCUUUUUUAAGAGGAGUGCUAAAUAUGAAAAAUCAGAACAGGAACAAAAGCCAAACUUUGACUUUACAGGGUGAAGUGUUGUGAAUGACUAUGAUUUAAUCUUUAUGUCUAUUACCACUCUUAGGAGGUUAACAAACAGCAUUCAGGGCAUCAAGACUGACCUCCAGAGCCGCAGCGAGGAUCCAGGCUGCACCCUCCCUCCUCAGGACCCUCUUAAGAGCUGGGUCAGCAGAGGUCAGGAGCUGGCUGCUCAGUGCUCCACCCUCCUGCAGCAGCUCUCCUGGCUCCAUCAGUGCUGCCCGGAGGACCUGAAGGAGGAGACGGGCAGCUGCAGGCAGCACACUCUGAGGUGUCCAUCCCCACUUGCUGCGCACCGCCAACCCCCGGGUUGUCUGAUGAGGAGAGGGGACGCCGCCUGGUGUCAGCUAAACCAGCACCUGAACACCAUGCUGAAGCAGACUCAGAGUCUGAAGACAGAGCUGGACAAUGUGGCUCAGCAGGCGUCAGACCGGGUCCUUCACACAUGGUAAAACUUCCUGUCCUUAGGGUUGAUUCAAAAUAUUUAAAAAAGUCAAAAACAGCCCCAGCAGCUUUGUUUUUUUUUUUCUCCACAGGAAGGACUUUACGACGUGCUGCUCCGCCUUCGAUCAGCUGGGAGCUGUGGGAGCUCAGAUGCCCGGCAUAGAGCAGCUCUUCAGCACAGCCGUGUGUGUGGGUGGUGAAGACAACCAGCCAGCCAUCACACAGAGCCUGCAAUAUAUCAGAGGACAGGUGGAGACCAGCAUCACAGAGUUCACUACCUGGAAGACCCAGCUGCUCUCCUUGGGACCCCAGAACUCUGGUGUGUCUUCAAUAAAUAUCCUAAAAACACCCCAGGUUUAGAAAUAACAAUGAUUCUCAUUCAAAGCAGCAUCCAGUACCGUGGCCCUUAAGUUUAUCUUAUUUCAUCCACAGAUCACCAGCCCAUCUUCUGCGCUGACUUUUCAUCUGAGUUGGAGACAAACAUCAACACGGUGCUGUGUGCCGUUCAGACACUUGUGAAGAGGCAGGAGAAAGAGCAACAACAAAAGCAGGAGCGUGAAGAUGCCAAGAAAGGUGAGAGAGGUGCUUUCAAGUAAUUUUUGUACUGUACUUUGUGUGUUUUUUUUUUCACCCAGCUCUCUCAUUGUCAAUAUGUUUUUACUAAUGGUUGUCUUUCUGAUGCUGCUUGGUAUUUCAGAGGAGGCUGCACAGGAAGGAGAGGACAAUGAAGAGUCUGUAGAGGACCUGCUAAAGCCUGGUCACCUGGCUCAGCUCCUGGAUGAAGACCUGGCUGCAGAGGUGGAGGCUUUGAGUUUGGGGGAUGUUAGCGGUGGUCUUGAGAGACUGCUGAGUCAACUCAGGACUCAUAGAGACUCGUGUCAGCCGUCACAGCUGCAGGUACGAAAGCAGCUGCACAUCGACAACAAGUACAUGUCUAAUUUUAACAUCAACAUGAGGAAAAAAAGCUGAUAAAAUCUUGUUUGUGUUCAGGAGGUGAACAGGGCGAGCAGGAUGCUGGUGCGUCUGGAGCCUCUGCUGGGCGUGUACUGUGACAUGGUGCGGUUCUACGUGUCCGUGUCUGUCGGCGCUCACAGGAGCACGGGGAAGCUGCUGUCUGUGCUCGCCGGGAUCUUCACUCAGCUCGCUCAGAAGGUACACUGCAUCAAGGAUCAGUCCACACAGAAGUAAACCAGAAACAGUGACUAAACGAGUGUUUGUACUCUCCUCCUCCUGUCAGGGUUUCUGCCUGCCUCAGGAGCUGAUGGCUGGUGGAGACGGAGAAGGAGCUACAGAGUUUCACGACUAUGAAGGUGGAGGUAUCGGAGAGGGCGAGGGCACCAAAGACGUCAGUGACAAAAUCGAGAAUGAAGAUCAGGUAAGGACAUUUUUAAGAUUGCAUUCAUUGAUUUUUCACCAAAUCAUCUGGACUCUAGGUCGUCUUUCUUGGGUAAUCAGUCGAAAAAACGAAGUUACUUCUGUGCAUGUUGAGUAUGCAAGAAAUUGUGGUUGGUUGGCUGGCUGGCUGGCUGGCUGGCUGGCUGGCUGGCUGGCUGGCUGGUUGGUUGGUUGGUUGGUUGGUUGGUUGGUUGGUUGGUUGGUUGGUUGGUUGGUUGGUUGGUGAUUGGCUGGUUGGCUGCUUGGUUGGUUGGUUGGUUGGUUGGUCGGUUGGUCGGUUGGUCGGUUGGUUGGUUGGUUGGUUGGUUGGUUGGUUGGUCGGUUGGUUGGUUGGUUGGUUGGUGAUUGGCUGGUUGGCUGCUUGGUUGGUUGGUUGGUUGGUUGGUCGGUUGGUUGGUUGGUUGAAGAAAGCAUGAAGAGAAGUUUGCAUUUCUGGGAUGAGGAACUGACAAAUCUACAUCUUUAAAUCAUGAAAAUUUAGAUAUAAUGGAAUUCAUUUACUAUUAUAUAAUCUCGGGCUAUUUCCUUUCCUUGAUUUCUGCCAUUGUUGAGGAUGAGAAUAAGAGUAAGGAUCCUCGUAAAUAUUGGUGUUUCACUGCUAAGAAAACAGCUCAAUGUCGCACUUUAACAAACACCAUAGGGAUCAUUGUGGAAAAAAAGUUUUUCUUUGGAUCAUUUACUAAUGGAUCUGUAUUCUUUUGCAGGUGGAAGACACUUUCCAGGAGGGCCAGGAGAAAGAGGAGCAGCAAGAGAAAGGAAAAAUUAAGGAAGAGGAAAACGCCAUCGAGAUGUCAGAGGACUUUGAUGGACAGAUGCAUGAUGGGGAUGAGAGAGAACCAGGUAACAAUGGAAUUAAAUAAAUGUAUUAAACUUUUAUUUACAAAUAUAGAUGGAUCAAAGUUGACUGAAUAACUACGACUUUAAAAUUAGUUAAUUCAAAAUGACUAAAACGUUGACAAAUAUGGUCAUUCCAGGUGAGGAUGAUGAUGACUCCUCUGAAGAGGACAAUGAUGACCUGGAUAAAAAGAUGGGCGACCUGGGUGAAGGACAGACGGACACUCUGGACGAGAGAAUGUGGGGCGACGAUGAGGACGAUGAAAAUGAAGGAAGUGACAAAGAGGAGGAGUCCGGACAGGGCAUGGACCAGGUAAACGCACCUGAGUAUCAUGAUAGUAUCAAAGUAUGAUGAUUGUUAUGCUUCAAAUAUUCUCAGUGGGUGGGAUGACUCUUCUGCUACAGAGCCAUGCCGUUGAUGUGGUUUUUCAUUGUCUUGCUGAAAUACAAAGAUCUUCCCUGAAAAAGUCAUCAUCUGGACGGCAGAAAAAAACUUUUUUUGGUGUGCUCUCACUGUCUGUUCGACUCUUGCAGGGGGAAUCUGAACUCGUGGCCAAAGAUGACAACCUGGACGCUGCUGAUCCAAGUAAAGAGAAGAAAAACCAGGACAAAGAUGAAAAGAUGGAUGAAGAGGAAAAGGAAAAAAUCCAUGAACAAGGAGACGAGGUAAUCUUGUUGUUAAAAAGUGAAUUAAACCAAAACAUUGUUGUUGUUUUUUUAAUUGUUAUUCUCUAAAGAAAAUAAAAAACAAAGGUUAUUGUUUUUUGAGAUCCUCUUCUUAUUGUCGUAUCUUUAGAGGGAGUUUGAUGAGAAUGAGGUGGAUCCUUACCAUGGUCAGCAGGAAAAGAGACCUGAACCCGAGGCCAUGGAUCUGCCUGAGGAUCUGAACCUGGACCAGGACGAACAGGCAGGAGAUGAUGGAGAUGAGGAGGGGGAUGGUGAGACCUCUUUAUGAGUCGAUUGUUUGAGGUCUUGAUUUAUCACGUUUUUGGUUCAGUAAGGAAAUCAAAGUUGAUUCCCUUGUGAGGAAGUAGCUCUAUGAGUGGGCCUACAGAGUGGGAAAUAGCAGGAAGACAUGAUGAAGGGUUAAUAUGUCCUGUUUUACAAAAGCAGAGCAGUGUUUUUUUCUAUAUUUAAAUAAUUUCUGAUCUUUUUUCUUCAGGAGAGAACCCAUUGGACAUCGAUGAUAAAACCACGUCUCUGGAUGAGAAGGAGGAUGAGCAGAAAGACGGAGAUGAAGAGGAGGGAGCAGAGCAGAUGGAGGAAGAACAGACGGAUAAACCAGGAGAGGAGAACAAUGAGGAGACAAAGACUGAAGAGGAAGAAGAGGGAGGAGAAGGAGAGAGAGCGGAGGGAGAAGAGGAGUCUGCUGAGAAAGAUGAAGAAAAGGAGGAAGAGAAGGAGAAAGGACAUGAAGAAAGGAGAGAUGAAGAUCACACUGUUCCUAAUGAGAAAGGAGAAAAACCAAAGGUGUGUACGCAAGUCAGCUCCUCUUUAACCCACAAACACACACUCUUACACACACAGUUUCAUCACGUGAGUCACUGUUUGAUGCUUACAGGAGGAGGACGGAGCAGGUGAUGAUGAGGAGCAGCCGGAGUCAGAGGAGAGGAAGGAGCACAACACGGACGGUCAGACCGGAGAGCAGAACGUUCAGAGUGAAACGGCGGUGGAGCUGGCAGGAGAGGCAUCCGAGAGAGACCAGGCCAAAGAGGUAAAGACUCACACAGACUCAGAGGAGGUUUUAACCGUGUAUGUGUAGAGGAAGAGGCAGACAUUAGAUACUCGUCAACAAGAGCACAAAGAAUUUAAUAUACCUGGUCUUCAAUCAGACUUUUGGUUUUACUGCUCUCAUGAUUGUCUGUGACACUGCAACAUGUGGUCCAUAGUCGUGAGCUUGGGGUCAGACCUUUAAUGCCUUUGUAACAGCACAGCUUUCUCUGUAAAAUUCUUCAUCGUUUUGUUUCCAUCGUUUUGGAUCUCAGGAACAUGGAAGUGGAGCUGCAGACGCCAGCCAAUCAGAGGGCCACGAAUCAAAGCUGACAGCGAGGAUGGCGUCACAGAGACAGACUCAGAAAAAAACCCAGGUGUGAAAACCUGCACACUGAUCAGUCUCAUUUCUGUUUCUUUUCUCCAGUUUGUUUAACGCUCGGUUUGUUUUUAUCUGUUCUAUUCAGAGCUUUAAGAGGAAACCCGGCCAGGCCGAUAACGAGCGAUCUACAGGGGAUUAUAACGAACGGGUGAAUAAACGACUGCGGACAGUGGAGGGCAGUAAGGAUCGCUCUGAUGACAGCAGACAGAGUGACGCCCAGCAGGAGUCGGACCUGUACGAACACAUCAAACAAGGAGAGACGACGUAUGACACGCAGACAUACGGUCAGUCAGCUCUCUUUUAUACAGACACUCACUCUAUCAUGAUAUAUAAUUUCAGUCAUAACUUUGAACUUAUUAACUAUUCAUAUUUUGAGACAUUUUUGUUUAAUUUCUUGUCAUUUUUCUUUUGUUGUUAAAUUUUCUGACUUUUUUUAUCUCUCAAACUGAUCCUUGAAUUGGAUUUUUUCACAAAAUAUCGUCCUUUGUUAGUCUUUUUUUUGCCAAAAUUAUAUUUUAUCUAAUUUUUCUUGAAAAAUUCACAGUAAAAGUAUCUUUCAUAUAUAAUUUGAAACUAUUUUAUCCCUUAAUAACUUUUGAAAACUUAAAGUCAGACUUAAAAUAUUUGAAAUUAUUAGAUAAAAAAUCUAAAUGCAAAAGGAGUCAUGAUUAUAAGACAAAAGAGUCUAACAUUGUGACAAGAAUCCUUGUUAAGCGAUUUAAUCUCCAACUUAUGACAUUUUUAUGUACUUUUAACCCAUGUGUAAGAUAUUUACUUUUAUAUGUAAGUAUUUUUUGUGUUAAUCACAGAAUUAUUUGUGUGUCUUUAAAGUAAAUCUUUAAUUCGACCUCAGAAACAGACGUCCUAAGACUUAAAAUAUCUCAAAGCAGAUUUCUGUAUGGUUUUAGGUUUGAGUUUCUGAAUCAUAGUUUCUUUUUUCUUCCAGAUGUUGCCAGCGCAGACCAGCAGAAAGCAGCCGGACCUCAACAAAAUCAGGAGAAGGAUGAGAAUGACGAGGAUAUCGCCAUGGAAAUGGAGAACCAGGAAGAAGACCUUCAAGCUGCUGAGGUCCAGGAGCUGAAACCCGAGCAGCUCGACUCCACCAAGGCCUCAAAAACAGGUGACUCACUUCUUCAGUUCCCGCUCUUUUAGAGUUUAAUAAUCUUCUAGUGAGAGUUUUUAUUCACCUGUUGUGUUUGUGUUUUCAGGGGCAGACGGUGGAGAGAUGGAGGUGCAGACUCAAGCCGACAAGGAGGAGGAGGAGAGGUGGAAGGACAGACUAAACACCAGAGAAGAAGAGAGAGAAGAGAGGAGCACAGAAUCAACCAUCCACACGGUUCCUGAGCUGCUGCUGGACUCCAUGCAGGUACAGAAGCAGAAUCAUGUAUUUUCUUGUGUGUUUAUUGUCUCUUUAGUUGCUCCUCAAGUUGUACUAAAGUCAGGAGUUAAAGCUGAGUCUGUGCUGGUGAUUUUGUGUUUGCAGAAAGAAGAGAGAGACCCCGAGGAGCUCAGGAGGGAGAUGGAGCUGCAGCUGGAGGCCUGGCACAAACUGGCUCCAGGAACUCAGGAGGAGGUGAGGUUUACUGCAGUCAUGGCUGAUUUGGAAAAAUAGAGUUUGAUGAGGUUGUUGUAUCUGAUGUGUUGUUGUGUCUGUAUUUCUUUUAGGAGAGCACAGCCGCCUCCAUGUGGCAUCAGUACCAGAGUCUGACCUCCGCUCUGUCCCAGCAGCUGUGUGAGCAGCUCCGCCUCAUCCUGGAGCCCUCGCAGGCCGCCAAACUCAAGUCAGGACAAAAAAAAAAAACACUCACUGCACCACCUGUUUGUAGAUUAUGUUUCACACAGUAACUCAUAUAUGUUGUUAAAUCCUCCACAGGGGAGAUUACCGCACAGGGAAGCGCCUGAACAUGAGGAAGGUGAUCCCCUAUAUCGCCAGUCAGUUCCGUAAAGACAAGAUCUGGAUGAGGAGGACCAAACCCAGCAAGAGGGAGUACCAGAUCUGUUUGGCUGUAGACGACUCCUCCAGCAUGGUGGACAACCACUCCAAACAGGUACCAGAGCCCUGUCACCUCACCGCAUAUAUAACCCUGUAACGGAGUUAAACGGCCCCCAAUUUAUUAUUUUUCUGUCUAAUUUCUAUGAGAUCUGCACACAUCUUGCGGAAAGAAAAAAUUGACAAGACUUCCAGAUUUCCAACAGACAUGAGACAGACAUAAGAUUUGCUGAUCAUGCCACAAUUUAAAGGGUUUAAUCUGUUCAUACACGUUGAAAUGAAAGCCGAAUUGUCGCACGUUUGUCACUCAUCCAGUGUAAAGCCAGCAUAAUGUACAAGACCCAAUUUGAUGUGCAAAAAGUUCUUCCAAUUUUUUACCCUGACAGUUAAACAUAAUUAUUUUAAGUGACUAACAACAUUACAGAGAGGAUACAUGAGAAAGAGCCCAGGUUUGAGAUGACUGGAUAGAUCAGGAGAGAGUACAUUAUGUGCAAAUGAACCAUCUGUGUGUCCUUUCUUUGGUGCAGCUGGCGUUUGAAUCUCUGUCAGUGAUCAUCAACGCUCUCACCCUGCUCGAGGUCGGACAGGUGUCUGUGUGCAGGUAAGCAUCUGCUCCUUCACACAGACACAAAAAACAAACCAAUUGUGGAGAUGUAGUAGUGGUGGCAGGAAACAAACACAUAAAUCCUGAAACAGUAUAUCAAAUACAUCUCUUAAUGUGAAUCUAACUUUACAUUUCUGCUCAUGUGCUCAGUUUCGGCGAGCAGGUUCAGUUGCUGCACCCGUUCCAGCAGCAGUUCAACGAUGAGUCAGGAGCUCGAAUCCUCAGACUCUGUCAGUUCCAGCAGAAGAAGACGAGGAUAGCACAGGUGGGAAUUUUCUCUGUCAAGGGACACCUCAAAAGUUUUUUAUGAUUUUACAUCAAGAUCUGUGGUGCAGAUGCCUCAAAUAUGAGCUUGUGUCACUGAGUUCUUAUGUAUGAUGUAGUAUUAGAGCCACAUUAAGAUAGAAAAAGAUCUCGAUUUUGAGAAACUUGUUUGACUUACAUGGUGACUUUCUCCGUAGAGAAUUUAUAACUUCAUUCUUGAAAUCUUUUUUUUUUUUAUACCUGAAUUUUCCUGUGGUACUCCAUUGUUUCAACAAACUUCUGUUAGUUUUAGAUACUUAAAAACAACCUUUGCAUAUUCUAUUAGGAGAAAAAAGGAUGACCUUGAUAUCUUUCAGAUCAUUUUGCAGUAAAAAAAUUAGGUUUGCAAUUUUUAGAAACUGACACCAAUCAAUGUAAUUCAGAUGAGUCUGAAUGUCAAAAUUCAUUCUACUUUUUUACUCUUUCUUCAUUUCUCUUCCCUGCAGUUUUUGGAGACAUCGACUAAAAUGUUUGAAGCAGCUCGACAGCACGUUCCUGGAUCUUUAAACUCAGGUAAUGACUCACCUGUGUCUUCAAGUUAAAAACACAGUCAGUGGAGAGCUGGACUGGUUCACACACAUGAACAUUAAAAGCACAAAACAUACAAAAAUAACUCCCAGAAAUUAUCUUGGUGAGCUGCAUCUGCGCAAAGAGCAAAUUUUUUAUCAGACUUUUCCUGCCAACCUUGAGUAAAUUGUCUGUGUGAAGUCUUUUUUUAAUUUUUAAUCUUGUGCACAAAAAUCUGAGUGAGUAAAAGAUGAAUUUUUGAAGCACUGAGGAAGUGUAAGGUUGUUGGUUUCAUUCAGACCUGUACUGACUGUGAUUUUCUUCUUUCAGCGUUAAUGUGUGAUUGUGAUUCUGUGGUAUUUCACUGUCGGCUCAUGCAAAAAGACAUGGUUAAACUUCUUGACAAGCUGCAUGUUAUACUGUCUUUGACUUUGACCUCUUCCACAGAGACGGCCCAGCUGCUGCUCAUUGUCUCUGAUGGGAGGGGCUUGUUCCUGGAGGGAAAAGAGCGUGUGAUGUCUGCUGUGCGAGCUGCACGCAGCGCUAAUGUGUUCGUCAUCUUCGUGGUGCUCGACAACCCAAACUCACGGGUAAGUUAACAUUGGAUUUCAAUUUUAUAGUUCUUAAGUUUUGAAGAACUUUAAAGUUCUGUGAAUAUAAGUAAUGCAGGCGUCAUGUUGAAGAGCACUGUGUGUAUUGUGUUCUUGAAAAGUCUGAAAACAAAUGAGCUUCUUGAUGGUGAAAAAUUCUCAGUUGACCUUGGACUUAGAUGAAGAUGAGUGCCUGGGUCAGAGUCAGUGUGUAGCCUAUCUGUCGUACCAGUCCCCCAGCUGUUUCUCGUUAAAGAGACAGGAAUGACCGCCAUCCUUUCUGGCGAAUACACUUACUGGUUAUAGAUAACUUAUGAAACUUCACUUCGAAAACAAUUAAACUGUAAAAACCCUGUUUUGCAGGACUCCAUCCUGGACAUCAAGGUUCCCAUAUUCAAAGGACCAGGAGAACUUCCAGAGAUCCGCUCCUACAUGGAGGAGUUCCCCUUCCCCUUUUACGUCAUCCUGCGAGACGUCAACGCCCUCCCGGAGACGCUUAGCGACGCUCUCCGACAGUGGUUUGAGCUCGUCACAGCAGCCGACCAAUGAGAAGCCAUCUUUCACAGGCAGCAAAUAACUGCACAAAGACUCCCUGCUGCUGCUGCUCGCCUCUCAGACCCAGAUAAAAGAAGACUGAAAAAAAGACGGAUUUACCGCUGUACAUGUGCCUUUAUUUUCUGAUUUUUACUGUAGAUUUUAGUGAAUUUAAGAGCAAUCUUUUUUUGUCCUUGUUAUCAGGGGAGUCGUUUGUGUCGAGGAUUGCUUUAACUUGCACGUUUGAGAUGAAACGAUAGAAACAAAAAUGUGAUUUCUGUGUGUGAAACACCUCAGUGAAGAGUCGGUAAAUACCUCUGUACCCUUUGUAUCAUAGCCCUGAUCAUAUUCGUGUGUGGAUGUGUUAGUCAGUGUUACAAAGAUCUUCAUUGUCCAUCAUCAGUGUGAAUUCAGUGAUAGAUGUGACCAACAGUAGCAUGUGGGUGAGUUCAUGAGUGACUGAAGGAACUCAAAAAUGUGCCUUGGAGAGGAGGACAGUGUUUUAUCUCACUUCACGCCUGAUGAGCUCUCCGCUCUGACAGGAUCUCUCAUGCACUUUGAAGCACAGGGACUGCAGAUCCCACUUUUGAUAAAAGUACAGUGUGAGACAAAUCUACAGCGUUCAUCUUUCCUCCAUACUGUGUGACUUCUCCCCUACGAGCUCAGAGCUCCUCACUGUUUCAGAGUAGGUGUAAAUGUUUGUUAUCACCUCAGUGUUUCGUAACGUGUUCAAACAUGUAGGCAGACAUAUUUUAGAGGUUGUUUCUUCAUGACCUUCAUGUGUUUAACAUCCUGAUAAUAAACAGUUUACAGGGUCACUCUA